AUGGAUAUUGAAGAAUGCAUUAAUGUUUGGAAAAGGUUGAUUGACACUCUUAAAGAUUACUGUCUCACAAGUGAGGAUUUUACUCCACCUACCAUUCCAGGUACAGUAUGUUUGAGUUACAUGCUGCUUAAAUUACUCUCAGCAGUGAUUCACAUGUAACUUCUCCCAACAAUAUCCAUACACUAUCCAGCAAACAGGUAAUGAGAGUACUCAAAUGUAUCAGGUAGAAGUUGUCAUCUUGACCUAACACCAAAUUCUCGCAACUAAUUAACAAGGAAAUGAGUAGCAGCUAGAGGGGAGAAUUAACAAUCAGAUGCUGGGAGUUAAAGAGUUAAUUCAUUGUACCUCUGCACAAUCAGAUUUGUUCUACAAUGUGUAUUCUACAUACAGGAUAUAUGCAGUGUAGUACUCACAGCAUAAUGUGACAGAUUUCACUGGUUCAAUCAUUGGUUGUUACUGGAUUUAUUCAUUGUAGUUCAUGAUAAUUGUAUUGCGUCAACUCUAGUUGGUUUUUUCAAUCAUUUCCAUCUGUCUUCUUUAGUAACAAGUUUUAGUCAUAAGGAGGUGUAAUUUACUUUACAGAAAACUGUUUUCCUUGUGGACACAGUGAGAAAACCAUUUGAGAUUGAAAGACCACAUCUAGUCUUCCUCUUGCUGUAUAUGUAUGCUUAGAGCCAAUUCUUGCUAUUUUUACCUUUUUUGCUCAUUCCAGCUAUUGGUCAAUAAGUCUUACCUUCUUGCAGCACAGGAAUUCUAUUGGAGGCUCAAAAUGCUCAUUAAGAUUUUUAUUUUGAGCUAGUAUAAAAUUAAUGUCAGUAAAAGUAACAAAUUGAAGGGGGGGUGGCUAAGGCUAGCUUUAUCUGAAAAAGAAUAUCAUGGUUGUUGCUGGAAGAUUCUUCCAACCCAGGCAUAACUCCCUACUCCAGGCACCAUUGUUUUAACUCAAUGAGUCCCAACAAAGAAAAGAGAGGGUAUUGUGCAACAGGGAAACUGAAAGAAUCUACCAACCUGUAGCUGUCAGCACAGAGAGUUAUUGUAAGUCUAAGCAAAUUCAGUCCCAAAUAUUUCAUAUUUUCUUUCAGAUCUCAAUGUGGAACAUCUCCAACUUCUGCUGUUCAUUUUCCACAACUUUUCUCUGAAUCAGCGUAAAUCACUCAUCACGUAUUGUGUCAGCGUGCUUAUAACCAUUGCCAACUCAUUGUCAAUAUUGCAUUCUCCUCCCUUGGCACUGGGUCGUCUCUUAUUGUUGUUGGAUUACUUUCUUCACCAUUUGUCAGCACCACCAGAAGAUCUAUUUAAACAGGUCUGUGAUACACAAUAAUUUGUGUAUAUGCUCUAAAUUGAAAUGUAAAGCUUAUAUGUACAGACUGCCCUUUUUUAAAAGUUGCAUAUGAUAUCUGUGGUAAGUUCCAGGGCCUUGAAUUGCAUUGUUUUUCAGUUGUUUGAGAUUCAAAUGUAACAGAUUCUAAUGCAAAGAAAAGCCAUAACAAAAAUUUAUAUCACAAAUUUUUAAAAUUUUUUUAUGCCUAAGAGAAUUGCAGUUUAAGUAGAUGUGUAGUUUUAAUUAGUCACAUGACAUUAGCCAGCUAUGUGUAUUAGUUAUUAGUAUUGGAUUAUCAUUCACAUUAGGUGCAGCAUAACCUAUUCCAAAGCUGUGCCUCAGCCAACUCAAGAUUUAUGGAGGACCAAGGCUGUGCAGAUUCCUUUGAACCUUUGUAUUAUGCUGCUAAUAACUCUGAAGAAGACUCUUUGAAAGUUCCUUUACUGGCUGAUGAGCUCAAGUUACCCAAGUCUCACAGUUUGACGCCCAGAUUUUAUGAGAUAAGAUCUGUUCUUGCAGGGAAUGACAUGGAUAAAGAGGUGUGUUGCUGACCUGUUGUUAGUAAUCUCCCUAUUUAGCAGUGGUGCAGGGCUUUGUUUGUAUCCCUCUGAAUGAAUGGAUUGGCAAUUGCACUUUGAUUGAGUUAUUAUGUUGUGUUCCUGGGCAUGAUACCCUACUCUCACAAUUACUCUGUUCACCCUGGAGAAUAAAUGGAUUCUGGCAGACUGUUGCGGAUACAUGAUAGAUUUCACUCAGGAUGUUACCUGUAGUGACCCACAUCCCAUCUACUGUAGGAUGGGAGUCAAAACUAAUUGCUUCAUGCCAAUGAAACCAGGAUAAGCUUUGCCAGUAAUGACAGAAGGCUAGCAAGACUUAACCCCUUAACUCCCAAAAGUGAUUAACAUGUAAUCUCUCCCUGUAAUAUCUAAGUAUCAUCCAACAAACAGGUCAUGAAACUACUCAAACUUAUCAGUUAGAAGCUGUUAUCGUAAUGUAAUACCAUAUUCACACAACUAAUUUUCAGGAAAUGUGUAGCAGCCAGAAAGGAGAAUUAGCAAUCAGAUUUUGGGAGUUAAAGGGUUAACCUUAAAAUUGUAUUGCCAUGGACUUUUUGUUUAUCUUUUCUAUGACUAAUAUAAUAGCAUUUGGUUGAUUGAAAAAUUUCAGGCUUGCUCUACACUUUUAAGUUUGUCUGGAGAUGGUCAAAACUACAAGGACUUUUAUUCAGCAAUGAUCAAGUUUCUGAUGGUGGGAUCUCACCCAGGAGAUAGUUAUCAUUCAGGGCCAGUUGAUGGUGCAGUUGUGAAGCACAGCUUCAACCUUGCAUGGCGGAUACUAGACUGUCUACCACCAUCAGUUGAUUUUUUUCAGAAACUUCUUCAAGAUCUUGAGAGACAGCAUCUUCAAGUAACUGUAAGUAAAGUGAUAGUUACAGUUGUACAUGUACUCAGUCCUGUAACUAUCAGAAGCAAUCACACUAUCAAUUUUGCAUCCAAUAUUUGCACAGUGUCAAACAAAGUGAGACCAGUUGUAAGGGACCUUAUAAAAUUUAAUACUAGAAUAAGCAAGUGUUUUUCUCAUCUUUUUCUAUCUUUCCCAUUUCCAUUCUAUUAACACAUUUUCCCUUUUUCAAAGGACCCCGACCUGGCAGAACUUUUGUGUAGUCUGAAGUUUGUGUCAAAACUUGGCACUUCAAGUCCAGAUGCUGCCUUCUGUGAAACACUCAAGGUAUGAGCAUGAUGUGUACAUUUGUAAACUGUGUGUACAUAUUGCAAAAUGAUACUGUAUUUAUUUAUGAACUUGAUGGACCUCCUUGACUGUACAUGACCCUGCUGUAAAUGAGGAUGGUUUUAUGUUUGGGUGAAAGUGGUCUUGUCUUUGUACAUUGAAAGUGAAAUAUCAACAUGUACACAUAAGAAUGAACAAGAAUUUCAAGUUUUUUUUUUUUUUUUUUUCAGUUUUACACAUUUUUAUUGGUUGAGUCAGUACCUUGCUUCUUGCUUUUACAUGUACCCUCAUGGACAUGCAAUUAAAGAUUGGAAAUUCAGUCAUUACUGAGAAUCUUUCAUUUAUUGUGAAAUGUAGGGAGCAGUGCUUGUGAUGUUCUUUGCUUUCUUUUUCAUUAACCUCAGAUCAAGGGGUUUGGUACAUGUAAAUUUUAAGCUUGAUUGUCAAAUAAAAAAGGAUGUUAGACGAUUACUAUGAUGUGGAAUGGAGAAAACAUCUGAAUUCCCAAGGAGAAUUUAAACCCAAGACCUUCUGAUUAUGUAGUCGCAUGCUCUACCAACUGAACUGAAUUACAUCUAUUGGCACGCUGGGCCAUAUAUUUGAUUAAUUCAGCCUUUUGAUGAAUGUUUUAGGCACUGCUUGGAUCAGGGGUGUCAGAAUCAUAGUCAGUUGUAAAUUUUGGAUCAGCCAUAGUAAUAAUCUUGUUUCACCCUACAGAACAGUCUUGUUGAUCAAGGAAUGUCCAGUGAAGACUCUAAGAAAAUGAUUGACAAAGUAACAAGUUUGAGUGGUGAUCUCCAUCACAGUGUCAUGAUGGCAAAACAGUUCUUGAUAGAGGUAAUGAUUAUUACAUUGCACGGACUAAUUUUUAUGUCUCUGUUGAUCAAAGGUCAAUGGCUCUUUAUUUAUACAUACAUAUACAAACUGAAGCUUAUAUUCUGUGUAAAUCUCUGUGAAGAAUGUUUUUUGAAGAUGGAAUGGGAGUGAAUUUGUUAACAGCACCUUUUUGGAUAAUUUACACCAUACGACCUAAAGUUUUUGAUCUAUGGUUUUUUGAGAGUUGAAUUGCUGAAAGUUUUAGAUAGCACUUGGUCUUGAAUGUUUUUUUUUUUUUUGACAGAAAAGGAUACAUGAUGUAAUUGACCUCUUAACUUGUGUACCAUUAACACUGUAGAACAUCAUGGUGACUAUGAUUGGAGACCUUAUCGCCAUUGUGGUGACUAAAACUAAUGUACCUAAACAUGGGUUAUACAAGGGGUUCCCAAACAAUCAAUUUAAAAAUUGAGAAAAUUUGUUUCACAAUGGGAAACUCAAGGUUUGCUAUAAUCUGUGUGUCAUAUGUAGAUCUUAGUGUUCUCUUCCCCUUUGCAAUAGCCAGGGGCAUCAUAUUUCUUUCCUUCUGCCUCAUGCAAAGAUCUUAUAAUUAUGGUGAUUUGUUUGUUAUUUGUGUAGAUGUUGAAACUUCACACUGAACUUGUCCAGGCUGACAGACCUUAUAAACUACCAGGACUACUGAGCCUUUGCACACUUGAUGCUGUCAUUGGAAAAACUCAUGUGGCACUAAAUUCUCUCUUUGGAAACUGUGAUGAAGAUCCUGAUUUAACCCUUGUUGUGGAAAAUGCCAAUGAGUUAUUGCCUGCACUCAUUGACUUGAUUUCAUUAUAUCAGAAAUUUGUUGGGUAAGGAGUUUUAGAAUGUGACAAUACUGUGAAGCAAAGCUGCUGUUGUUCUCAGUCUUAGAAAUGUAACCCUGUCCUAAAUGUUUACUUAACUGUGAGUUGUGAAAUAAGGAAUGAGCGAGUGUAAUUCUCCAAAACCCAGUCUUUUGAAUAAAUCCUUCUCUUAGACAGCACUAUAUUACACUAAGAGUCUGAUAUCGAAGAAAAUGUGUUUGCCAUCAGUUUUAUUUUAACUUAUUUCUUGUUUUUAGGCUUUGUUUGCUGUUUGAUGCUACAAAGCAGAAGAAUGACGAUAGCGAGGGAAUGGAGGCAUUGCAGGCGUACUCCAGUGUCCUAAAGAUUGGGUGUAUGCGACUUCCUAAACACUCAUGUCUUUCAGUGACAUUCUUGGCAGGUAUGCAAGUUGAAUGAGUCUUGAUAACUCAGAAUUUAUCAACUGAAGUUAUCCUAAUACUUUACCAAGAUUUGGCCUUGCAAGGCAGAAAAAAGCUUUUUUAACUUUCUUAAAAAAAUUUUAUUUUUUGCAGGUCUUCCCUCAUCUGUGAAAAAACAUUUGGAGAAAUGGAACAACAUUGUGCUCACAAAUUUUCCCUCUGCAUCAUCAUGGAAGACAUCAUCAUGUCUAAUUGAAGUUGGCACAGAAAACUUUCUGGAUUCUCUGGUGUCAGCUCAUGUGUUGGCUGUCUGCAGUGGUAAUAUCUUGGAUAUUGCACCAGCUCUUAAACACACUCUUCAUUCAUUGGUUCAGCUAGCUGCUGAUUUGCUUUCGUAAGUCUUUGUUAAUGCCAUUCUAUUUGAACUCUGGGUGUAAAAUUUAUUUAACUCUCUCCUAAAUUGAUUUGGAUGGAAAAAUCACUUACUGUGCACUCUCAUAAACCUGGAAACAGAUAUUAGACAAUGUGGCAGUAGUAAAUAUUUCAAUUUGUAUUAAAUUCAUGAAUCUUGCGAAAUGUGCUUUUAAACUUUAAUAUAACUGUAAUAUCAGGCUGCAUGUUCUCAAUACUGUUUUCUAUACAUUGUCUUAAGGUGCUGACAUGGUGAAUUUAUUUCACAAUCAAGAGCUUCUUUAGUUGGUGAUCAGGUCCUUUAGGGAUAUUAUAAGGAGAAAUUAUAUUCAAGUCACUCUUAAGGGUGGAAGGGUUAAGAAAGCAACUCUCUUAAUUCUUAGGUUGAAAAGAUAAGAUUUCACCACAUUUAUUGCACAUGCUGUGUCUCAAUUUUCUUAUAUGAAAUCCCUCAUUCAGUGAUUUUUUUUUUCUGCUCACAAGGUGGUGUCCAAAAGAGGAACACUCAAUGCAAACUGCCUUGGGGAAGCAACUGUGUGAUAACAUAGUACCACUUAUGGUGGAUGCCACUACAGAGUAUUUGUCUGAACAGUGUAAUACCAUCUUGGAGCGAGUCAUUGACUCAGCAGACAGUGACAAAUUUGCCAAUUGUAUUCAGUCUUAUGUGCUAUCAAAAUGUCACAAACUUCUUUUAGAUCAGUCAAGAGCUAGUAGGUAUGUCAAAGAGUCAAAUGAUUUAGCAUUCUAUAUAUCAAGAGUGAGUUUGAAAAUGCAGUGAUCAUUUUUCUUGUUCUUAGAUCUGAUAUUGGUGAAGAGGUGCUGGUGGACUGUUUGAAAUACAUGGAUUCCUUGUUGGACAAAGUGUCUGACCACUCACUAUUGGAUCAGUUGUACUCAAAGAACAGAGAACUCUGCCAAGUUAUUGUGUUCUCUGCAAACAAGCGCCUAUCUCUUGGAUAUGUCAAUAGAACACUGAAACUGGCAGUUCGCUUCCUGCAACUUGGUAAAUUUUGUUGAAUUUAACAUCAUGGUCAUUGUUAACUUAAGAACUACUUUUACAAAAUGUGCAAAUGUCAUUUAUUUUUUCACAGCUGAGAAACCUGUAAACUCCAGUAUGCGCUCAUUAUGUUCAAGUCUCUCUGAGCUUUGCCACAUAGACCAUGCAAACAUUGAGGCAUGGCUGAGAAGGAUCAUCUUAGGAGUGGAAGAAGACAAAGGGAACACUGGAAAGAUGGCAGAUAACAGACUUCUCUUACAGACAUUUGCCACUCAUAUUGUCAAGGAGUCAAGGUAUAACACCCUGAGGGGCCUUGUAAUGUAGAGUGAGGUAAAGCUUAGAAUGUAAAAUGAGGUUCAAUGACUUAAUUACUGGUAAAUGAAUCUGUUUAAAUUUUUGCCUUUGGUAUGUUGCCUAAUUAGUCAUCUUCUAAAAAUGUAUGAAAAGGAAUUGACACUUCAUGAUAAACUUUGUGAACUUUAGGAUGGCAAGAGGUGAGAAGUCCUGUGUGUAGAUAGAUAUACACUGUACAUGUAAUACUCAUCACAAAAUAGAUUCAAAGUAUUUCUGUGGGUUAUGGUUUGGAAUGACAUGUUAUGGUGUUAUUUGUACAGCCCUGUUGGUGAAGAAGUAAGCCACUGCCUGCUAAAAUGCUUAAUUCCACUGGGAAAUGAGCUCCUGCCAGAUGUCCCUGGAGAGUGGAGUAAUAUUGGAUCCAAAUUUGGUGACCUCAUGAACACAGCUGCUGUGCUGGCCAGUGCAGGUGAUGGAGCAGGACAUCUUACACUCUGUGCUGCCAUCAUUAAGUGGCUGGAGAAAUGGUAUGCCUAAACAAAGCAAAGAUUACCUCUUCUUUAUCAGUCUUAUCCUCUGCAAGUCGAAGGUUGCUGAUACUUGAUUGUGUUAACUCUGUCAUCUUUUAUUCUCAGUCUUAUUCGUAAUUGUGGUUAACAUUGACAUAAGUUGCUACAGGCUGUAGGUCUAAUAAAUAAAGUUUGAGGAGUUACACAUGAAAUUUCAAAAGUUUGUUUAUCUUUCUUCCAGCAAAACCCAACUUCUCAUGGUAGCAGAUAGUGGUGAGAAAGGAAAAGAGAGUGGCAUUGUAGAAGCUGCUGGGCCUCUUCUCCGGUAUCUAGCAGAGCUAAUGAGAGCUCUUAAAUACUCCUCAGAAAAGGAAUGCCCUCCAUCACCAUCACUGUGCCCAGUUGAUGGUGAAUCAUUGCUGCAGGAUGUAGAAUCUGAUUGGAUGGAUGAUAUGGGUGGUGAUGACGAAGACUCUGGUGGAGAAGAGUCGGUAAGUGAAAAGAAAAUUAGGGUCAAUAGUGAUAUGGUCUUAUUCUUGUUUUGUGUCCCAUGAAAUCACGACAAUUUAUAGUCAGGUGCUUUGUAGACCUUUAUGUCUUUUAUGGUCCAGUCCAGUUGGCUUCUUUAGGAGUAGAAAUUUUUUGACAGAUUUAUUUAUGCUCCCCAGUUUCUUAACAUCAGGCCAAAGUAGGCUUAGAAUUUCAUUGAGAAUGUUUCUAAGGUCAUUAUUGUCAAAUAAAAGUCAUAAAGGAUGUCCUUUCCUCAAGAUCAUCAUAUGUUACUCUGUUCGUGUAUUUUGGCGUGGAUUCCUCUAAAAUUGUGAUGAUUCUAUCUCUCCCUCUAAGGAUGAAGAUUCUCUUUGCAACAAGCUCUGUACAUUUACAAUGACUCAGAAAGAGUUUAUGAACCAACACUGGUACCACUGCCACACCUGUAAGAUGAAUGAUGGGGUUGGCGUGUGCACAAUAUGUGCUAAAGUCUGCCAUAAAGAUCAUGACAUCUCAUACGCCAAGUAUGGUUCGUUCUUUUGUGAUUGUGGGGCUAAAGAAGAUGGAAGCUGUACGGUAAGUGUUGUCCCUUUCAAUAUCAAACAUUUGCCUAAAAUGUGAAUGCUUGGGUGCUUUGAUUCUCUUUGUUUUUUGGAUGUUAUUACGUAUCACAUGUGCUGUACAGCCUACAAGUCAAUGGUUUGUAGUUUCUUCUGUAAAGUCCAUCUCUAUUGGAUUGCUGAACAGUGAGGUACAUGUAUUGUUUUUAAUUGUCUGAACCAUCUAUAACAAAGCAAUUAAGUUUGUGAUUGUGGUAAGGAAGUUCAUUUGGAUAGCCUGAUUAAGUACAGGCAGGAGGCAGGGGUUAGUGUGCUUGACUCCGGAUCAGGUGGUCCGGGUUCAAGCCCUGGCCGGGGUCAUUGUGUUCUUAGGCACUUUACUCUCACAGUGCUUCUCUUCACCCAGGUGUACAAAUGGGUACCAGCAAAUGUGCUGGGGGUAACCCUGCGAUGGACUAGCAUCCCAUCCAGGGGGGAGUAGCAAUACUCCUAGCCGCUUCAUGCUAAGAAAACCGGAGGUAAGCACUGGCCCCAUGGGCCACUUAGGCCCAUAUAAAGGCUUACUUUUUUACUUUAGGGGGUAAGGAAAUGUUCAACUGUUGCGCUCACAUCAAUUAUGUUUAAUUUACAGCAAAGGUUUGUUACUCUAUAUAGAUUACACGAGACUUAACAAAGUUGCAGGCAAACGUAUAAUUUCCUCCUCCUUCUUAUUUAAAUUUUAUGUAAGAUACACUAGGUGGUGUACCUGUUGCAAUUGUAUCAAUCGAAUUGAUUGCAUAUUGGAUUGACUUGGUUAUUGUAUUAAACGCAAACUGGGCUGGCACAGGCCACGCUGGCCAAACACUUAAAUGUUCCAAUCAACCUCAUAUUUGAGAAAUACCCUUACUGCAAAGCCAUUUAAGAUACACGUAUAUUUGAUAGAUAACAAUCUUUUGAAUGAUUAUGCUGCUCGUCAGAUCAUUUGAUAAAGUAAGCCACUCUUUCUUUGGUAGGCUUUGGUUAAACGCACCCCAAGCAGUGGAGGGGAUAGUCAGGUAGCUGUUCCACCGUCACCAUUUGCCACAGGAGAAAUGGAUGAAGGACAUGAUGAUGCUGAAGGUUCCACCUCUAGUAAAGUAUCAUCCUCGGUUUCUGGAGCAAGCUCAUCUACAGCUGCUGCUACUCCUGGAAUAGCAUGUUCAAUUGGAACGGGAAAUGAUGGUGGCCUUGAAGAUUCAGCGCUUACGUCUAAGUCUGUGGAAGCCUUGGCAAAGCAGCUUGAGGUUUGAUAAUUGAUCUUAGAGAUUAGGUUUUUCAUAUUUUUGUAAUUAAAAUUGGUGAGAUAGUUUUGGAAGGGUGUGACCUAUAUAAUAAGCUCAACUCACAUCAUGGGCACAAAAUGAACUGAAUUGUCGGAAAUUUAGAAGCAGCUGCCUUAAAGUCACAUUACUGUGGAUCAACUUUAGUGUGUUCCAUAUGAAAUAAAACCUACCUUUACUGCAUUUUUUCUUGUAGUAACAUUUUAUGUUGUGAAGCUAAGCUUUCUUUCCCUAUUGCUCGAUGGUCUUCUCUGAAAAUACUUUCCCUUUUAACUUAAAAAUAAUUGUAGGCAACUUGUUUUACCCACAGAAGCACAAGAUUGGACUGGUCAGCCAACUGGAGAACUCUUCUGUGAUAACGACUACCUUAGACCUUCUUCAGUGGCUGAUGGGGCCUGAUGCGGGAGGGCCCAGUAGUGUUGGAAUGGGAGUGUCCAAGGCUAUAAAGGGUUCUAUGACACAACUGCACUUGACGGACAAGAGCGUGGAGAAUACUGAUCAACUUCUGGUUAGUUUUUUAGUUAAAGAGCUUUUUUCCCAGUAUCUUGAAAAUUGGAGCCUUUCUAGAGUUUUUUUUAAGGGUACAUUGAAGUUGGUGUCCUAAGUCAUCUUCUUAAGCCUUUUUACUAUUUUCUUUUAUACGUACAUGUACCUCUUUGAUGGUUGUCCACCUCAGCAGAAGUUAAAUUCGUGGUUUUAUUUCUAACCAAUGCUAAAACAUAUGUACUCAAAAUAAAUGGAUUUACAAAAUUGUGAUGGAAUUAUGGAAUUCAUGUUAUUUUCUGUCGCGAUUUUCUUCAAUCACUUGAUGCAUUUCACAAAAUUAACCUUGUAGAUAAUCAAGUAUUUGUUGGCAUAAGUAGUUGGUGUUUGUCACUUUUAUCAGUUUCUUGUUCCGUAAAAAAUUCAGGUUCCAACUUUGGGAUCUCAAGAAGGAGCUUUUGAGAAUGUCAGGAUGACUUUCAGUGGAGAACAAGGACAAACCAUCCGACAGCUGAUCGGUGCACAUGUCCUGAGGCGUGUUGCCAUGUGUUGCUUGGCAUCACCAAAGGGGAGAAGGCAACAUCUCGCCGUUAGCCAUGAAAAGGGCAAGGUAGUUAUCUGAAAAUUAGUUACUUCUUUGCACAUGCACCUGUAUUGGUGCUUUUUGAUUGAUUUUUGUAAAACCAGAACACAAAUUAUUUCAAUAGCCAUUCGGAGCAAACGUUUGUAUUAUAAGGAGUCAAUGAGAAAUCAGAGUAAGCUAUCUUUAUCUACCUAAAUGUAUGAAAGCGUUGAUUACACUUUAGGUACUCACAAGUCAUGUAAUGUUUAUGUUCAGUAAACCAGCCACCUGAAAACAAUUUUUGCUCAAAUUAGAACUCCCUUUCAACCCUAUUGAUUACGUUUUCUCACCUUAUGUGAUGCAUUGUGCUGUUGCUCAUUUGCUACACAAAUGUAAAGUACUUUCAUGUUGUCGAUACUAAUUAAUUUUUUUUGAUAUUUUUGUUUCUUAGAUUACAGUUCUUCAAUUGUCAGCACUCUUAAAGCAAGCUGAUUCCAGCAAGAGGAAACUAACCUUGACACGCCUUGCAACAGCUCAGGUACCCUUUACAGUUUUAUCUAUCUCAGGGAACCCCUGUAAUGAGGACUUUCUGGCAGUGUGUGGAUUGAAGGAUUGCCAUGUGCUGACGUUCAGCAGUUCUGGAUCUGUGGUGGAUCACCUUGCUCUUCAUCCUCAACUGGAGACUGGAAAUUUUAUCAUCAAAGCUGUUUGGCUUCCCGGAUCACAAACACAACUAGCUCUGGUUACUGCUGACUUUGUAAAGGUAAUAUUUAAUUCAUCAUCAUCUGUAAAAGCCGGUUAGGCAACACACCAACCUCUUACAAAAUGCAAAAUUAAAUAUUACAAGCUACAUUAAGAACAACCCAGAAUAAAACGUUAACUGUACACUUGGCACGUUCUUAUUAAGCUAAUGAACCAAGGUAAUUCUUAAAUUCGGCAAGAGACGUAAUAUCAGGCAUAAUUUAACGCAAACACGUUUGAAUUUCAACGCAAACACGUUUGAAUUUCAACGCAACAAGACAGAAAGACAGACAAGUUGACUUUUUCGAUUAUGUCUGUCUUGUUGUGUUAAAAUUCAAACGUGUUUGCGUUAAACUAUGCUAAACGAAAUUUAAGCAUGUUGGGCUCUUACCGCUUAAAAGUUUGGUUCAAGCCCUGGCAAGGGUCUCUCUAGCACUCUUAACUCUGUAAACUGGUACUGUGUCUCUUUGUUCUUUUUACUGUAGAUUUAUGAUCUGUCUCAAGAUGCGCUGAGUCCUCUGUACUACUUCCUACUACCAAGUGGAAAGAUCAGAGAUGUCAGCUUCAUUUUUAAUGAUGCUGACCAAAGUUUGAUACUAAUGUCAUCAGGAGGACAGUUGUAUCUUCAGCCUAUGGAUGAAACCAGCAGUGCAAUCAAUGGCCCUUUUUAUCUGACGAAUACAUUACCCAUCGAACAUUCUGAUUUACAAGAUUCCAAUGGCCAAGUUGCCGGCGGAGGAGUGUCAGUGUAUUACUCUCACAUCUUACAGCUGCUGUUCUUUAGUUACAGUCAAGGUAAUGACUGUGUGCACUGCGUGAAUGAAAUAGCAGCUGUAUCUAUUAUACACCGUAAACGUAUUUUUCUCUCGGGGGGGUUUGUGGGCGGUGAGUCUGUACAGCAGAGGUGUAUUUGAUUUCAUUCAGUCAUUAAGACUCGUAGAGGAAAGUAUAAUGUAUUGAUAUGAACUGUAAUAUUUCCACUUUCAAGUAUUCGAACCAUCAAAGCGAUAAAACAAAUAAACCAAAAUCUAAACAGGGAAAAAGGAAAACAGCAGCGGUAGCAUAAAUUCCUAAGAAAUUUUUAGAAGCGUCGUGAUGUUCACGAGUUAAAACAUACUUAUAAAUACACAAUACCAAUUGCAGCUUAGGGGCUUUUCUUAUUGUUUUGUCUGGUUCUGAACUUUCAGUAUGAAAGGACAAACACACUUGAGGUUUAUCCAUGACAUGUUUUACCUUUCCGGUAUCAAUGUUCAGUGUGCACCCUUGCAUAAGAAGUUGUGUUGUGGCUGAAUGGUACAUUUAUCACUUUUUACAGGGAAAACGUUUGUUGCUCCUUGGAGCAAAGACCAAAAGGAAAUUAAGAAGAUGUUUCCAGUGAACUUCAAGAGCAGUUCCGGUGGAAAUAAAAACUCUCAGUAUGCUGCUCUGUGUCAGUGGAGUGAAGUGCCACAGCAUCCUGGACUGGUGUGCUGUCUGACACACACAGCAGGUGUUCCUGUGGUGUUGAUGGUCAAACCACAUCAAAUAUUGGUAAAGGGGACUUUUAAAAUAACGUUAAACAACUAAACCAUAUUCACAAGUUAAUUAAGCUGUAUUCAGGGAUGGUCAAUUAAGGAUGAUAUAGUUGUAAAUUUGUAAGUGAAAGUGUGUAGAUUGCUUCCAGUAUUAACCAUGCAAGUGUAAAUGGUACCUACUGUCGUAAACAUGACAGAAGAGGAGGCAUGUCUUAAGUUUUUUGGGCAUCAAAAAUGAUACUUGAUUGGUUCAAAGUCUUGAAAAGCAGUUUCUAAGGCUUCAGAUAUAUCAUCAUUCAAUCUGUGCAUUGUGCAUGUGUGAUAUCUGUUGGUAGCAAGCUUUCCUAACAAUCUAUAGUAACGUUUUCACCAAGGAGAUCUAAAGCUCUGAAAUGGCUCACUGUCCCAACAGAUCCAGGAGAUUAAAGCAACAUCAUCUAAAGCAAAAACCCAAGACAUGGUAGCUAUCCGCCAUUCUGUGAGCACGUCUGAUCAGCUACGCACCACCAUGAUUCUCCUUUGCGAAGACGGCAGCCUUCGUGUAUUCAUGGCCAGUGCUGAGCAUACUGGCUAUUGGAUGGCUCCUGAAUUCCAACCUGUGAGGUCAGUGGUCGGUAUUUAUAUAAAAAAAUUCUGAGUAUAGAGAAAUACGUUUUUUUCGUCUCGUCACAAGCGCGGAAUAAAGAAAAAAGCUUCUGAAUCCUCUCAAGCAAUCGAGCCCCAGCCCUUCCAAUACCACGCUUUGGUGCCCAACCACUGAGACUCUAUGGACUUCCUUGACCGUCAGUGAGCUUACUUUGUGGUCACUUGAUGCAUUUAACAGUCACCGGACUUUCUUGAGCUCCAUUACGAUUGCUUCACCGUCGCCGGAGUUAUUAAACCGUCCCUGGACCAAAACGCAAUUAAACGUGCAAACCCUCUUUGUAAAAAGUCAUAUAAAUCAAUUGGAAGAUGUUGAAGUAAACCGCUACGAGAUGAAUCUUUUGGACUCUUCUCUAUCAGUUUAAUCACAAAUUUGAGUUAAUUAUUAUUAAAAAGGAAGAUAAUUAUUACGAUGACUACGAUAAUUUAUGUUACCGUUUUUUCUUCUGCUCAUGUAUAGGCCCCUCAACAUAGUGAAGCCUGUUCGCAAGAAGAAAACAUCCAAAGCCAGAGUUAAAUCCACAGCUGUCAGUUUCCCAGUGGAUUUCUUUGAGCACUGUCAACCAUUUUUCAAUGAAGUUGAGUUUGGCGGAGGAGAUAUUCUUCAAGUUUAUAACGUGCAGCAAGUAAAACACAGACUAAUGACUGCUGGAAUGUAUAUCGCAAGUACAAAGGUUUGAACAUACUUUGCUUGUUACAACAUGAAAUAUAGGCGUUAGGUUACACUUCUUUUAUGCGCUGAUCGAGUUGUUCUGGAUAACACAGAAAAUUGAAGUUAAACUUGGGCGAGGACUUACAUGUAUGAAAGGAACCUUUAAUCCUUUACACCCUAACAUCAACAUGCAUACUGUUCCCUGUAUAUUUCCUAAGCUGCUGACAAGGAAAAUGAAGGAAAAGAUGAGUACAGAAGUGUUUGGAACAAAACUAGGAGUUUUCUGGGAAAUGGCAGUAAAAGUUUGUUCACACACUAGCUUUUUUUCACUCGUCACUUAUUUCCAUCGUCUUUGAUGAUCAAAAGUCUGGUAUGGGAAGUGUUAAUACCAGUUUCUUCACUGCUUUGAAUGUGUGGGUGUGUUACCAUCGUGUUAAACUGGUCUAAAUGUAUCCAAUUUUUUACUUUACAGCCAAAUGGUUUCAAUAUUGAGAUAACCAACACAAACCCUCGUGUUAUAAUGGUUGGUGUGAGAAUUCAAAUUGGCUGUCAGUCAGUGGAGAAAGCGCCAUCCUUUGUAGAAAUCUUUGGCAGAGUUAUUCAGUUGACACUAACGAGAAAUAGAUGGUUUGAUCUCCCAUUUACAAGAGAGGAAUCAUUGACUGCUGACAAAAAGUUUUCUUUGUUCAGUAAGUAAAUGUUGAUUUUUAUUUGUUUUUAUUAUCCGCCACGUUUCCCGAAAAAUUGUCCUGCCCUUGAUGUUUCUCUUGCUUUCCGGGGAUUUUAUUGAAAAUGUAUGUGAAAGACGAGAUAAUUUUGUUUUGUCAACUGGAUUGAUGAUGUAAAUUGUAAAAGAGUUUCUAAAACUGAAUUUUCGAGCGUUAGUCCUUCGUCGUUUGCUCUGAAAUAGUCUUUUUAAGGACCUUAGAUUUGCCCUUGUCUUUGAAAACACAUGUAGCCUGCGCUUGCUCAAUCAUACAGGUCCAGAUUUGUCUCCAUGAAUAAGAGUUUACGCACAGACAGUUGUACAAAAUCUGGAACAUAUACAUGUAAUUAUAAGCUCCGUGAACAGUUCAUAUCAGGUUAUCGGUUAUUGUACUAACUGAAUGCUUGGCACAGUUUAGGAGAGCUUCAUACUUAUUAUCUUGUAUUUGCCUCCUUAGUUGGUCAGUCUUUAGACCCGUCAGGAGUGACCAUGUUGGACUCAGUGAAGGUGUAUACCAAAACAAAAGAGGCGUUCGGUUGGCCUGAUGAUCCUCAGGAAGAGAUUUCUUCCACGCCUGGUCUGGGCAGUGCAGCUAGUGUGGACACUGAAACGGAAAUUGUGAACUCAGUUCCUCCAAUGACACCCGCUGACAAGUAAGGAAGCUACUGUUAUAAUUACCCUUCAAGGUAGCUCAUCAAUGGGGCUACUUUUUUCAGUUUUGAUUGUUAUACUGAAUUCUGUCCUUGCUUUCAACCCGGGCCAUGUUUGAGACAUGCAUGGUGCGUAAUGCUUAUGGGGGUUUGGCUGAAUGAUGCACUCGACAUUGUACCUCAUACUGGACACUGUGCGUCUUGGAUUUUUUUUUAAACAAAAAUGAAGGUCACCAUUGUGGUAUUUAUUAGUAAAUGUGAGUGUAACUGCAGGCUCAGGAGUGACUGUCACUGUGUGGUUUAUUCUUGUCAGAUAUUUAAGUUUCCAUUGUAGAACUAGACAACUUGUUUGUUUCAGACUGGUGGUGCACUUACUGGAGGUGGUCGAUGGCUGCUUCUCCAGCUUUGUGUCUCAGGAUGGGUCCUCAAGGCAGUCGGCACUUGAUGCUGCUACCUCACUCAUGACCAGUGCUAUGCCAUCCAGUGUUCAACAUCAAGCCCAGACUCUCCUCGCCACUUUACAUCCGUCCAAAGUUUCUUAUCACAGCCACAAGGUACAGUUUCAAAGUAUUCUCCUAGUACAGGCCAGAUAAAGCAACCAACGUAAAGCAGCUUUCUUACGACUCUACCUGUGAUUUCUUUCGAUUUCUCUUCAAAACCUUUUUUCCAAAAUUUGAGUUGCCAAAUUUGAUAGUAGCUUAUCUACGAGUGUGGUUUACACGCCAAUGUUUACAGUAGAUCUUGUUGCUCUGCACUACAAAGAAGAGUGCUUGUCUCCACGAACUGCAUAUGAAAUGACACCCAUUACCGUAAUAGUGAUCCCUUACUGGUGAUUCCCCUUACGGUUUCUUUGAUGGAUAACAGUCUUGUAAAUUUCCAAAUGAUAUCCCCGAGCUGAUUAUUGUCCAAUAUUUUCUUCAUUUGUUUGUCCAGGAGCGGUUCUAAGAAUAAAUGUAUGUAAUGUGGAUACCCGGUAUAAAAAAUAGUAGUGUUCUUGGAUGAAACGUGUAGUUCUUGCUUUGUGGCGUUCAUUUUGCAGAGCUGAUAAGCAUGAAGAAGACAACUGUAGAUAAGAUUUUAGGAGUGUGCGGAAUAAAACCCCAAAAUGACUUAUGAUGUAAAAUCAAAUUUUUGUGUUGAACAAGGGAAUAAAUAGAAGGUCGUUUAAUGGGCAGUCAUUCUAAGGCAUUCAGGGCUAUUUUCAUGCUUUCUUCUAUUUGUAAUGGUUAGAGUUGAAAAUUUUGUAACAUGCAUCUAGAUUGCUGUUUAAAUAGCGUUUGUUCACUUCAGGAUCAGGCACAGCUUUCACAAGUAGUAAACUUCCUCUGUAAGCUUGAAAGUCCUUGUGAUGAAGAAGAAACAAAGGAAGAAGAGAAAGAUACAGAAGUUGAAAAGACACCUGAGACAGAAACUAAAGAAGAAACCGAAGAGGUUGUGGUGAAUGUCAGUGAACUUGAUGUAGAGAGUUUCCAGCAUCUGGUGGUGAGUGCUAGAUCUGUGGCCAUUACAAGACCUAGUAAUCUGGCAAAGUAUACCGUCCUGCCUGAACAAAAGACAAGAGAUGGUAAGUUAACGAACGGGUCAGUAACGACAGUGUGGGCUCGAUACAUUUAUCGCUAUUUAAUAUGAUUAUUCGUACUAUAAAAUUCUACUGUUUUCAAUUAUGACAAUGCAUGCUUUGUUUGGAACUUGUUAUUUAGUCACACUGUGUUCACCUCUUUUCAAUUUAACGAACUCAACGCAAUUCAUCUUUUUUUCGUGGCUGGGUUACGGGUUGGGUUGGCCAGUCGGGUGUUCUAACGCCUCGGGGUGCGACUGCGGUUGCACCCACCCAGGCCCUCGGGCACCUAACCUCAUUUGCGACUUGGGCGUUAAUAAGACUGACAAAAUUCCCAUUCGGCAGAUCUUAUCGUCGUUGGUGUAAGUCUUAUUUGUGAACAUAAACGAUUGGUUGACGAAUUGGUGUAGAACGUUUUAAGCAGUCUGCAGGAAAUAUGUCACCAUGAACCAAGAGUCUCCUACAGCUUAUCGCUAGAGCAUCCGAAGCACUAAUCGGAAGGUUAAAGGUUCGACUCCUUCUUGGAGCAACAUAAUCUUUCACAGUAAUGAAAUGGAAUGCGAUAAUAGCGUUGUCGAUUAAAAUUUAUUGUUUUCUCUUGCCAGAGAGUGAUGAGAAGCACCAUUUCGCUGUAUGUCUAAUGAAUGCCUUUUGGAAGCUGCACAGUUGUCAACCUGUAAACCUUGUUCUGUCGCCAUUGUCUUCUAUUGGUAAGGUUACAAAAAGAGAAUGUAAAAUUUGCAAGGGCUCAAAUUUUAAAGCACGUGCAUUGCACGUGCGCAGGUGCUGUCUUCACAAGUUUGGAAAAAUCAUAUCAGUCUUUUUUAAAAGAAUUUUGUUUUGCAGAAUAGUGAUAAAAGGUUGUUUUAAUUUCAGGAUUCCAAAAUGUGGAGUCGACGGUGACAGCUCUUGUUGACAUCGUCCAUGCCUUUGCAAUAGCAGAUCCCUCCAAAGUUGGACUUGCCGUCAAACAGUACGUGAAAAUGCUGCUGUGCGAGGUAUGUAUGAUGAAAAUGUGCGCACAGUUUGUAAUUCAAGUUUGAAGUUAUUUUUUAUUUCAUCUUCUCUGAACUGCUUGAUUUGUUUCCUCUUGGAGGCUUUGGCUCAUGCUCAAUAUUUAGAGUUUUUGUUACUCGUUUACGUUCUUUCGUACUAUCACAUAUCAAAUAAUUCCGUGAGUUAUUCCUCUCUUCAUUUGUAAUCGAGGAAACCAUUUUUUUAAUUAUUUACUGUGGUAUCCCAUCACAUGGUUCUUAUAAUUCCAUUGUUUUAUUAUGUGUCUUCGUAUUUUUUUUCUGUCAAUAGUAUUGGGGACGACUUUCGCGCUAAAUUUUGAGUCGCUUUUUAUGCUAUGCAAAACUACUACAAAUUAUUUGUCUGACACAAUCACCAAAAGACGGAAAAGGUGACUACAAAACAAGAACGAGCAAGGAUGCUCGAUGACUAGAAGAUAAAAUUAAAAUAAAAAAGAAGAUAAAAUUAAAGAUAAAAAGAUGAAAACUCCAACUGCUUAUGACCAACAUGAAAUUUAGGCUGAAUGUUUUAGAUGCAUUAGCCUUGUCGUAACUCCUUUAAAUGAACACUAGCACCAUAAUUUCUUGUUUUUCAUCUCUUUAGGACCAAUCUGUCAGCUUUGCCUGCAAACAGGCAUUGAUGCGACUCAUACACAAACACCGGCAUGGGACGGGUAACUCCCCUCUUCAGUGCAACACACCCGUAGGGGAAGGAGCUGGAGGAGAUGAAUUUGAUGGGGAAGAUGAUGAAGCAGACCAAGAUAGAGCCAAUGGAACCCCUCCAGACGAACCAAGUGGAACUGAAGCAGAUGAAACUGAGACAGGGAGGCAGCAAGCUGCGGAGGCCCAUGAGGUAUAAUGCUCCUUUUAGGUAUUAUUCGGUGGUUUUUGUUGGUGUUUAUUCUUUUAAUGGAAUUUGUGAUUUAGAAGUUUUGUAUACUAAUUCCUGUGAUUUCCGGAGAGUCGCAGGAUAGCGUCUGGUAACGAUGGCGAGGUAGAUUAGCUCACGGUGCUCAACAAAACGAACGCACAAAUACCACGUGUGACACUUUCAAGUGUCUAUAACGAAGAUACGAAGAUAUGACAUACGUAGCCAAGUAGCGAAGAGUAGGGUAGUGGUUAAAAACUUAGUUUGGUAGUGAUUGUGGUUGUAAUGUGGUAGCAAAUUGCGUGGUUCGAACUAAAAGGCAACAGAAAACGAAACGACCCUUAUAUAAAUAUAAUUGACUAACUAACGAUGACACUAUACAGUAAUCUAUACUGAAAUCAACUAAUAACUAAAACAAACAAUAAACUAACUUGAGCGUAAAACAAUAAAAGUAACUUACUUUGGUCGAGCUCCUUAAGUGCUUGAAAAGUGUAGCGAAGACGACAAAGUAGUGAACUCUCAGUAGCGGAGCGCACGAUACUUUUACAGCAAUAGAAGUCUAUCGUCGGCGUGUAAUAUGAGUGAAUUGUGAACUAAAUUACAUAACAACUUGCAAUGAUACAGUAACAAAAAACUUGACGUAAUCAAACAUUGACUUAACACAAGCAAUCAGGCGGCUAAUCAAUAAUCCCAGGCACAAAGGAAAUAAACUGCGUUUCAAAAGUAACAAUUCCCGUCACCAGACACACAUCCUUUACUUUGCAAUGUGAUUAAGACUUAACCCACGGCCGGGAGGUCUUCAGGUAGUUUUCUAAGCCUUGCUUGUAAACAGCUAACGUUACGCCUCCUGCAUGUUGAAUAUUAAUGUUUUGGCCUCCCAGCCUUUUUGUCACGAGCACUGCUGAUAGCGAACAGGUCGUUAACUCAAUUUUAUUCUUUGAAAAAUAAUUUCGCUCUUGUUCUGAAGGUUGCACCAGAAGAGCCUGCUCAAGAACAAAGCCAGCCAUCAGCAGCGGUGCCAUCCAUAGCAAGUGCCGCCAGUCAUCUAGAGGCCUUACUUCUUGGUGCUGGUGGCUUACCAGGCAUGUUGGAUCUGCCUCCAGAUGCAGAUGAUGAAGCCAUGGUGGAGCUUGCCAUUGCUCUUAGCCUUCAGGACCAAGCGAGUGGACAAGGUCUCAGUCUUCCUGGUUUGCCACUUCCUGCUGCUCAAGCUAUCGGAAUGCCCGUUGAAGCUGCCAUGUCGUCUGAUACAGCUUCAGGUAAACGUACCGAGAAAUUGUUUGAUUUGAGCAGUUUGCAAAUGGAGUUUUGAUAUUUUCCUGAACUCAUACAAAGUUACCUUCAUCUACUUAAUAUAUAAGGAAAUUAUUGGGCUGCAUUGACUGACAAGGGAAGUACUUAUGUGAUUAUUAACUUGAAGAAAUAGUAAGAUAAACCAACGCAGCGAAUUCUAAAAUACUGACAUUUCGAAGAUUAGCCUUAUGUCUAAGCAAAGUGGAGGGUUCGAUAAAGUACGAUCGCUUAAACGUCAUCGUUUAAAACCACUGUUUAUCUGCCUUUUCAUUUUUUGGGUGGUUGUUAUUUACGAGUAUCCAUAUGCCACUCGUGAUUAGGUCAAGGAAGCGAAGAUGAGUAUGAAGUUCCUCCUUGUAGUGCCCAGGGCUCUUCAGCAGGGCAUAGUGCUCCCAGGUCACCUCUGCCACCAGACACGGGACAUGGUGGGGCUGAGUUUGAAAGUGGAAGCAGUGUGGACUCAGUUUCUGCGGAGACUGGGACAAGCAUAGAAACUGUCACCGUGGAAAAUGAGCAAGCAGGUUAGUAUAGUAUCCUUCAGUUCUGGAUGUUGUUGAGUCGAGAGGCGACUUAUUUCCUAAUGGUCUGUUUUUUACUUCCGACUAGGCCGGAAGUAAAGGGGAUUCCCAGGCGCAUUUUGCUUUGUCAUUUCUGUGACUUGGUCAAGGAAAUAGUUAUGGAAUACAAGUUGGGAGAGGGGUUGGGGUGAUGAGUAGAGAGAGUGUAAUAACACACACACGUGCGGUGGACUGUUAUUCCGUCAUGGAAGAAUAGUUGUUUCUCGCAAAGUAGACAGGAACAACCUUGGGCAAAGAUUAUUCAUGAGGCGUGUAACACUUAGUCAUUCAAAUAGAGAACAGGAACUACCUAGACUAUGCAAACUAUCAUUUACGGUCAAGACCUAUUUGAUUCUGUUGCUCGUCUUUUCAGCUGCUCUGGACAGCCAACCUGGUAGCGGGAGUAAUGGAGAUGAGGAACAGGGUCGGGCUCAUGCGUCAGGAGACAAAGAAUCACAGAUGGAUCAUGAGAAGCUACACUCGCUGAAGCUUCUGCUUUUGGAUGAACUGUUGGUUCAUCUUCCUAAGUUGAAAGAUGUUGGUGGUGUCCAGGCCAUACCCUUCAUGCAGGUUUGAUGAUAGGACAUUAUUUAAACAUGCUCUAUUUUCUUCAUUCCGGGGCAGGAUAGUUCCAAGAAAAUUCACGAAACUACUCAUGGAGAAAUUAUGGUCGUUAGGACAUCAACUAUCAUGUCACUUCUAUAAGCUACACACUUAAAAAACAACGAGGUUGAAUAAUGUAGAGAAGUAUAAGUAGGUGUUUUGUGAUGACCGAAUGCCUUUAAAACCUUAACAAUCUGUAGACGUACAAAGAAAAAAAAGCAUAUGUUUUCGAAAAUUACUUUGUCAUUAACACGAUUACUAGGUUUGCAGGUCAUAGCAAUCCACCCUGUGCCUCUUCAAACAUUUUGAGCGCCAAGAACAAAAAUUGGCACGAUCAUAUUUUGGGUGUGACUCUGUAAUUUGGACAAUUCAAACAAGAAAAAACCGAUUACGCUGGAACUCAUAGAUUUCGUCGCCACACAUAAUAGAAAUGUGUUAUAAACUGUACGCUGCAGGAUGAACAUCUGAUCCAAUUUCUUAAUUUUAGGUCUUGCUGAUGCUGAGUUCUGAUUUGGAAGACAGCGAGAGAGACAGGGCAGCAUUGAGUAAAGUGUUGUCGACAUGCCUUGAAGAGCUGAAGCUGGAUCAGAUGGUAACUGUUCAUGACUUUCCUGUUUUAUUACCAUCCUCUCAACCAAUCAAAUAAAAAAACUAAAACUAAUCGCGACUUAGUCACUCGCGUUCUGCUGCACCUUUAGCUGUUUGGUUACUUGUUUAUGCUUUGCGUCUUCAUUACUUCCACGUGAUAGUUUCUUACCUUUGUUUUUCUGUUUUGAUUAAUUUGGUUUUUUUUUACGGCUCUCAUAAGAAAUGUCACAAGAGAUUGCUUGUUUACUUAUUAUUCUUUACACUAUGUUAUCUGCUCGGAAAUUUAUGAAGAUGUUUGGGUUGUAACAAAGUAACUGAAGCUAGCUUAUAAUAUAUAUUAGCAAGCUUCAUAAGUGAACUAGAGAGAAAAUAACAGUUUGUUCGUUGCAGUUUUUCCCUUGGUAUUACCCAGCAUAGUUUCAAGCUGGUAAUCAUUCAUUUCAGUUUGUAGUCACUAUUAUGGUCGAUCACAGUUGCAUACUAUGGGUAUGAAACUUACAAUGGAAACACCAUUGUUACAUUAUUUUAGCAGGAUGUGAAACACAUUUCAUCCCGAACCAAACAACACGAGGUCUGGCUGAUUAUCAUGAGGCUGUUGAGUGUACUGAUGUCAAGAACAAAGUCUAGUUCAAAAACUGGCUCUGAGGUAACGAAAAUUUGUCAAUUUUGUAAAAAUCUGAGGGCUCGGAAGCGAAAUUUUCAGUAUCAACUGUGGAAGUAAUACAGGAUUGCAUUGGUUUUGCUUUACUUUGCUAAGUGAUUGGCCUUUUAAACGUAUGUUUUCUCGGUCACUCGCGUUUUCUCUAAAAGCAGGAAAGGGGCCAUGUACACGUUUUCCUUUCUAAAUUUUCUGAAAUAGGAGAAUUUAAUUUAUCGAAACUAGAGGAUCUUAACCGACAGCCAAGUGAUCCAUUUUACAUCUGUGCUUAGUUGUUUAGUACAGUGCUUAUUUAACAGCUACGCCAAAAGUGCAACCUUUCAAACGUGUAAAUUUAAGAGAAUGAGAGUGGAAUGAACUGCAACAAUUGUCAGUAGAAAAGAAGUUUGUUAGAAUAACUGCAAAUUUGUUUUCAAAACGUGUGUAACUAGACACCAGUAACUCACGACGGAUAUUUUUCCCCUCAAGGCUUCUUCUCUGGUGUGUAGACAAACGUCUGCCACAUUGUGUGAGGUGGGAAUUACAAGUAACUGUCUGAACAUUCUGAAGACUCUUUUGGAGCACUGGAGAGAGGUGGCCAGCCACGAGGAAGUAAGAUUCCAUUUGGAAAAAUAAACACCAAGAUCUUAUCAUUGUUGCUUGAACAGCUUUAUGUGGACUUCAAACUGAAAUGACGAAAAUGUCAAAUAAGAAUCUUAUAUCAUUGCGAAAUAUUACUCUGAUAUUAAUUGGAAAGGCACAUGGUGCUUUUAGGCAAAGAACGGAAGUAUUCGAGUUGACCUGAAUAAUAGAAACUCUGUAAUCAAAUUUCUUCUGUGUUCGAGUCUUCCAAUCUCGCACUUUAUUUAAGAAACUUUCCUUCCUCAGUAGAUGCUGUUGAUGUAACAUCAUGCUUUCGACUUUAAACGCUUUCAACCAACUCCGUAAACUUAGAGAAAAAAAUAUUUUUGUUUAUGUAGGAGGAACCGUCAGGUAUCGGUGGAGCAUUACUGAAGCCUCAUCCCACAAGCCCACCGCCGGACAUGUCACCAUUCUUCUUGAGACAGUAUGUCAAGGUGCGUUCUGUUAAUAAGAAGAUCGUUUUGUCUAACGACAGAUACUUCAUAUGAUCUUGUUAAUAUAGUCCAAUGAAAGAAACCCUCUUGUUGGUAAGCAGUGAUGAGGAGAAAUUUUUAAUUGAGGAUCCAAAGUUAUACGACACAACAUUGGUUAAGAUCUAUUGUGUGUUUGAUCGGUGAAGAAAAACUUGCGCCAACUUCUCAGCCGAUCAGUUCAAAACGCUUGUCGCGAUCUGGUUUAGUGGCCGUUCUUAUGAUAGUUUUCUUGGUUUUUACUUUGACUUCUCAACGAAAACUUUUGAUACUCUCGUCUGUUCCUAUUGGCUGUUGCUGCGGUUUUCAGACACUCCUCGAAAUGCACUUGUCUGUCUUUUAUAUUUACUGCACGUUGUAUCAAAUCACUUGCGAAAUGUAAACUUUCCAACACUGUUCAAAGUUCGCUUGUGUUUACGCAACGCAAAGAAAGUUCUACAGCGACUGGAUUUGAUUGGAAAUAUUUGUGACAUUGUUCUAAGUUCAUUCGUCAUUUAGGGCCACGCCGGAGAUGUUUUUGAAGCUUAUCCACAGCUACUAACCGAAAUGGCUCUGAGACUUCCAUACCAGGUAAGUGUGAUAGCAAUCGACUUUUAAAAAACAAACAACCAAUCGUGCAUUAAGAUUGAUUGUUGGUAUCACAUUGCGCAUACGUAUUGUGAUGAUAAGAAUUUUUAUGUCAAAUGGAGACAAAUAGAGUAAAGUCGUAAUUGUAGGCAUAAGUCUAGAUGAUUGGUUAAAACUUUGUUCAAUUGCAGGUGAAAAAGGUUGCAGAUUCUCUUCAUCUUGACAAUUCUCCACAGUUUGGCGAGGAAUGGUAUCAAAUCUUGUGCGAGGUUAGUGAGGCAGAAUAUACGGAAAAGUUGACUUAGUUUGGUUUAAUCUUAGCAAUAUACACACACAACAACCUAUAUCAUGCACGUAAUUUUUCACUUCUAACAUUUGAAUAUCGUUUUCUUUUAUUUUAGUACCUUUUGAUUCAGCAGACUCCAUUUGUGAGGAGACAAGUGCGAAAGGUAAGUAAUCAAUCUAAAAGGUUGCCAUUCACUUUCAUCUAUGGCGAAGGAGAAGAUCUGACCUUUUCUGUCAUCCUAAGAAACAGAAAUUUGUAAUAGAUGUGUUUUCCGUUCGAGAAGAAAUUCUUUUUCCUCUAAAAAGGUACAUUGAGGCCUUCCAAAAUUUAUUUAGAGCUUUCUAAAUUAGUGCGAGGUAAAUAACUGGUUAGAAUUUUAAGAGCAGGCUUGCCUCAGACUGAUUCAAGCAUUUUAUGUCACGAUGUGUUGGACUGUAUUCACAUAGCCUUAAAUCUUGACUUGUGCCUCUUUCUCCUCCUCCACAUAAUCGUUAAUCAUCUUUUUCUUUCUGUAGCUGUUGCUGUUCCUGUGUGGAUCCAAAGAAAGCUAUCGUCAGUUGAGAGACCUUCAUGCUCUCAAAUCACACAUGAAAAUUGUUAGGUGAGAUUUCAAAGUCUGUUUUUGUAGUAGAAAGUCAGAAUUAAUGUAUAAAAUGUAAAAAAGAUUUCUCCUUAAGCCAUUAUUCUUACUAUUAUCUCCAUUUUUUGGGAGAGCCUAUUUUGUUUUUUUAAUGUGAACGAUUGUUCAAAUGAACAAAUGAACUAAAUUUACAAAAAUAAAAUUUAGGAAUUACUUGUAGCUAGAGUUGUUAACUUUGUUUGUGUGGUAGCAUUUGUUGUAGUGGUGAUGGUAGUUGCUGUUGUGUUUUUGUUGGCAAAAAUUUUUAGCGAUACGGUGCUUUCUUAUUUCAGGACAUUCUGUUAAUCCAAAUUUUAAGAUCUUAAACUAGGCCCCAGUUUUUCGAAGGAUGGAUAAUGCUAUCCACUGGAUAAAUCUCUUUACGGUGGAUAACACAGAACGUUUUGGUUACUUUUAUCCGCUGGAUAGCGAUUUAUCUGUUGGAUAGCGUUGUCCGCUCGUUGAACAACUAAACCCAGGUAUUUAUCAGAGUAUAUCAUUUAAUAGGGACCUGAGCAAGCAAGGUGGUUUUAGAUAUGAAAAUCUGAGCAAUCCUCCGAUCAACUUACCUUAUGACACUCUCAUUACACUGGUGAGUAAUCUUCGUACCAUUUUAUAGCUAGACAACUUUAAUUGAUAAUAAUGCAAUGCGUUAGUAAUGCUUCCUCUUUGUUAACUGUUUUACCUUGUAAUGUGAUACACUUAGUAAAAGUUGUUGGGUAUUUUUCCUGGAGCAGUUUAAAUAGGUAGCUAUAAACAAACUAUAAGAAAGUCGGUCAUCAUUCUCUCACGAGGGGAGUCUUGUCACGCGUAAUUGUCGAAUUUUUUUGCGAUUGCAUUUCUUUGGGAGAGAAAUGCUUGGCUGCUAAUGAUUUCGCUUUUGCACUUACGACUGAUUUCUCCAUACAUAGUUUCUGGGAAAAAUUUCGCAGGGUUUCAAUAGAAAGAUAAGUUUGGUUUUAUUAACUGAUUUGACAAUGUAAAUUAGCCACCACACACAGUUUCGCUCUGACGAAGUGCUAACGCUCGAAACUUCAGCGUAGAAACUCGUUGCAGUUGCCAAUUCACCUAAUCAACUCAGCUGAUAAAAUAUAUGCUCCACCACCAACGCAAAAACACGGUUUCUUUAGAAACUGACCCCCUUUAUUCAUUGGUUUCAAUAAAAAGCCGGUUCCCAGUCUACCGCCUCCUGUAAGACCGCUCACCACCUUCUGUUGAGCCUGCGAGCAGGCUUUUGUGUCUGGGUCUCGCCCUACGUUACAGCUGCCUAUUUCACUAUCGGCAGCCCCUUACGGAAAAACGUUAUUGAAACCCCUGCAUUUCGGUUCUUUUAUUUGUCAUAAGGUAGAUGUUAUUAAGGUGUGCAGUGCAAUGUGAGUCUGUUUAUUCAUGUUAUGUCAUUACGAUUUUCCUUCCAUGCAGAUUGAACACUUAAAGGCAUGUUCUGAAAUUGCGUCAAGUCGUAUCAGCAACUGGCAGGCAUUCUGCCUUCAGGAAACAGGUCAGUGUAUCUUCCACUGGUGUUUAUCAUCAAUACAGUGGGCCCUCUCCUGUAGGACUCCUCUUUGUGGGGACACCUCACUCUAAGCGACAUAUAUUAUACUCCAGACUAAAAAAGAAAUGCUCCUAUAAACGUUGUAUCUGGUAGCGUAAUUGGAGGGAAAUCCUUGUAUAAGGGUCACUUUUCUUAGUCUUAAGGGUGUUCCCUGAAUGAAUGCCCCAUUGUAUCAUUAUUAUAUCACGACUGAUAACAUUGCUGGUGAAAGCAACGGAGUAACAGUCAUCAGAGCGGUAUGUGCCUCUGUUUUGACUCCUUGUGCGAGGGACGGUAAAUGAAGGUGAAAGUACCGUAGACAACCUACCCCUCCCCUAACUCAACAUCAGUCAGUUGAUAACAAGUUAGGGUUAAUGUUGGGUUCGGGGAGGGGUAGGGGUAGGUGGGCAGUUGCCCAGAUACUGAUAUUGAUGCGAAACUACUUUACUUUACUCAAGUCGUGAAAUGGUGAACAAUUGAUAGAAUCCUAGUUGUAAAAUGUUAGUUUUAAAAGCUCUAAAACGCAUGUAGAGAUUUACAUGUAAGGUGAUAAUGAUGCUCUUGGCCUCAUGUUGCAGAUACCCUGCCAUUUCUGUUGAGGAGCAGCUUCCUGUUUGAAGAGGGUGUCACGCCUCUAAUGUUACAGUUGUUGGGAUAUGCCAUUUGUGAAAUGAAGUCUCAGCCAUCAAGCUCUCCACAGAAGAGCAAGAAGGACAAGGACAAAGAGAAAUCGAAGAGCAAAGAUAAGGAAUCUGACAAAGACAAAGAAAAACACAAGGACAAGGAGAAGGCUUCAGGUUAGUCUUUUAAUUGCCAAGGAAAGAGAUGCCCAUUGUUGGGGUGUUUUUAGAUUGAGCCCAUAGUUAGACUGAUACCAAGGUAACGUUGAUUCCUUCGGCAGAAAUUUCGUAGGAAACCAAUCAGAACUCCACGUUAAAACUAGGAAACUAGUGAAGGCUCGUAGAAACGCGAGCGAUUGAGAAACUGGCACCAAUUCUCUAUACCAAUCAAAUAGCAUAGUAAAGUAAAAGAAAAGAAAAGAAGAGAAGUCUUUAACUCUCAACACUCCACUGAAAGUUUCUUUAAAUUAUGCAAGAAAUUCUUGUGCCCUUCCUAAGGUGAACGAGUUGUUUGAAUAUAGUUUGCAUAUUCCAAGUGGUGAACUUUCUUCUUGCUUAUUUUUAAGUUAUACUGAAAGUUACUUUCGAAUUUUACCAAAAUGACAGCAUCGUAGUAAUGAUGCAUGCCACUUAACCACAGACUAAAGAUUUUGUUUCAUUGAGAGUAUAAGUUUGGAAUAUUUAUAGUGGAUUUAUAGUGGCUUUAUAGUGGCUUUAAAGCUAUGCAUAUGUUUUAUCAGCCGCGUUUUAAAAUGUGGUUAUUUUUGUAGGCUCAGGAGACACUGGGAGGAGUGAAGGUAGGUUGACCACAUUUUAAGGCCAUGGUAAAAUGUGGGGUAAAUUGUCAUCGUUCCUCUUUUGGGGGGUCUGUCUCACCUCGAAGAGUGACUAGCUUCUAAUUAAACAAAUUCUGUUCAUCAGUGCCACGGGAAAUGUUUUAAAGAACGUUAUUAUAUCUCCCAAUUAGCGGGCCGUAUUUCACUGUGCGGCCCGUCAAAUUGAAAGGUUUGUUUGAAUUGAAAAUUUCCCCCUCUGUUUGAACUCAGAGGUGUAAUAAAUAUCUUAAAAUCCUCGUUUUCUCGAUCCGUACUGUAAGUUACGGAACCUCGUUUUGUCCACUUGGAAAACGCAAUUUAUAGAACAGACCUCGAACUCGGUUAGUGAAAGGUAUGUAAGAAAAUAUGUAUACGUGCGUGCUCAGUAAAAACACAACCUUCCACCCUUUCACUUCAAAAGGUUACUGUUUCAUAAAGGGGAACUUCUCCCUCCUGUUUUCUUACAUUUUGACUGUUUCAUAAAGGGGAACUUCUCCCUCCUGUUUUCUUACAUUUUCAAGUUUAAAAGGUGAUGAGAAAAAAUAAAAAUAUUCGACUAGGAAAUAAUUGUUUUUGUAACAUUAACUUCUCAGAGCUAAAUUUCACGAAAUGUGACAACCAGUAGUGAGAAUGGACAUUUAGACCUUUCACUCAUUUAGAGUGAAAGGUUAAAAAACGAUACUUUAUCCUGGGCCCUUUUCUAUCCUUCCCUUGGACCCCUUUUUGUCCUUCUGCUGGGGCCCCUUUCAAUCCUCCCCUUGGGCCCCUUUCUGUCCUUCUCCUGAGCAGUCCAUCGAUUUCGGAGUGGACUGACCUCUUCUUGAACGAAACGGGACAUGUUUCCUAUGCAUUGUUUUGUGAGAUCUAGUUCAAUUUUGCUAAAAUAAUAUAUCUGUUGUAUUCAGCAGCUGCUCAGAGCCUGGUUCAGUUGCUACAUGACAGUGUCGAUGGAGAACUGAUGAUUCAGUUUGUUCAGACCUUCCUUUUAGAGUCCAAUGCGACUGCCGUCAGGUGGCAAGUUCACGAACUGCUUUACAAUAUGCACAAGUAUGUCCACGUUCUUUCUGUUUUGUAUUGCUUUAAAUCAUUUUUAGCCACAGAGAGGGUUCACAUACUCUUCAUAUUUCUUAUUAUAAACGCUACAACGACUCCCCUUCCGAGAUCGAAAGUGCAAGACAUUACUUUUCUUCUUGCCUUUUCCAAACUUUACUUAUUACUCUGAAGAGUUUGCAUUUUUUUGGUUGCUUUUUUUUGGUUUUUGGAGCUGCCGUUAGGUUUUUCGCUUGUAGGCUUGCAAGGAUGUUGAAGCUUCGAAUUCAUCGGCGCAUUACGGGCGUGUCAAAGCGUUUAUUGUGUUAUAGUUAUACAUAUUUAAGAAGUAACCUCGUCUUUUUAUUCAACUUAAAUCUGCUAGGUACUCAACUAACGACCAGCAAGUGAAGUUAUCCAAGAUGCUGUGGAAAAUCUGGCCAUAUCUACCAGACUAUGGCCGACGAGCGGCUCAGUUUGUUGAUCUUCUGGGCUACUUUUCGAUCAAGUGUGAAUCAAGCUCUCAUGAGGUAUUUGCCUCAAACUAAUAAAGUAUUCGUGCGAUGAUAUUACAAGAGGUGGCGAUUAAGUCUUUCAAAUAUCUCUUAAGGGUUGGGUUUAGCUAAAACUGUAUACAUUUUGUCACAUUUUGUUCCUUCUGUUUUUGUUACCGUGGAUACACUACGCUAUUGCGUUUGCCAAACCUUAUAUUCGCCAGCAAGUUUUCCUUGAAAAGUCUUCCACGGCAGUGUGGGUGAAAAGAUAUAUAAUAGUUUUUGCUUAACCCUUCCCCCCUCCCAAAAAAAAAAAAAAUUCCUCUUUAAUCAAAUGUUUACAGCAAUGGCAAAUAUUUCAAGGUGAUGGCUCAUCUCUCCCUCCUCCCUUGGUGAAAACAAAGACGUUCACGGAACUCUUGGUGGAUUUUGUUUUGCUGUCUUCAAGAAGUAUGUGCUUUGCGACCCCAUCGGUAAAAAUACUUCCUCUUAGGGGGAAGAGAGCGGAAGGUGGCCGACCCACCACCUCAAUGAAUCAAUCAGAGCAUAGAAUUCGCUACAUCUUUCUAGCUCGCAGAGCAACUAAUGUAAUAAAUAUGAAAUAAAUGGCAGCUGAACCAUUACAAUUAAUGACUAUAUCUUUCUAAUACCACGCCGACGAUAUGGUCGUAAAGACAUUCUGACGAGUUUGUGAUUUUCAGUUGCAGGAAUAUUGUGUAAAGGCAGUUCAAGUAUUGAUGGUACAGAAUAAUGUUCUUGCAAACCAUCCUAACUCUAACGUUUACAGGUCAGUAUGUGCGUGCACAACAUUUUGUUAUUACUGGUUGGUCAAAGUAGCGUGCCACGUGUCAUUCACACUAAAGUAUAUAAUCUCUGAUUUUGUCAUACAGGAAAAAAGUUUUUAAAGUUUGAUAAAUUAAAUUUAAAGUUUUAAUCCCUGUGUGUGUUAUGCCUUUUUGACAUUGUUUUUCUUCUUCAGACCGAUUUUUAUUUUCAAUGAUGUGUAUAAUUUACAAAUUGGCAAUCGCAAAAAUCAUACACGAUUGCAGUGUUUUCUGGAAGUUAAUGCUAUUUGUUGUUGUUUUUUUUUUGUUUAGGAUGUUGUCCGGAUUUGUUGAGUUUGAUGGCUAUUAUCUGGAGAGUGAUCCCUGUCUUGUCUGUAACAAUCCGGAAGUUCCUUUCCAGGUGUGACUUUCCUUAUUCAUUUACGUCCUUUGUAGCCCUUCCUCAGCUGUUUUUCGGGAUUUCACGCAACAGCUGUAAAUUUUAAACUGCAUGAGAAAUUUAUACCAUUUUAUUUAUACCCACCUUGUGAUAACGCCAUCGUGAACCUUUUUCGAAGGUUCUUAUUUCAACUGAAAAAAAAAUAUAUGUAUUUCACCCAUAACAAAACUAUUGGAAUAAGAAGGACUCCUUGCGUACCUAGCGUCUUCUAAACACCAGAGAGUCGCAAGAAUUCCACUUGUUAUGCAAUUCCGAGACAUGGACGAGGGUUUGCUUAGUGUUAUCUUGUAAACUUGUUUUGUUCAUAAAUUUGGCUCAUUCUAUAAACUUUUAUUUUACAGUUACUAUCGUUUAAUGUUAACUGCUAUUUUGCAGAGAAGUUAAUGACCUCUCAAUUGCACAAUUUGUAUUUAUCAGAGCCUGAAGCUGUCUGCCAUCAAAGGAGAUUCCCGCUUCACUACAACGUGUCAGCUUGUAAAGCUGAUUGGAAGUCACACAAUCUCAAGAGUUACGCUGAGGAUUGCAGAUCUCAAGAGGCAAAAAAUGGUACAGUGUUACACUGUCAAGAUUUGUUCACAGAUAAUCAUCGAGAUAUCUAUUUUAUUGAUACCAUGGAAGACAUCUUUUAUCUUGCUGUAUUGACUUGCUGAUUUAAUGUCGUAAUCAUGUUUAGCCAGCGCUCCAACUUGUGACCGUUUUGAUCCACAUGGCGAGUAGGAAGAAGUUUAGGGGACUUCAUUUGGAACUAAAGGCGCCAAUUUGUUUUUGGCGCUCAAUGAGCGAGUGGUAAUGUUGUCUUUUUGAUCCAAAAUAACCCUGAGACACAAUUUCUUAAAAUUAUUUUUGCCCCGUUGUUUUUGUCACUAAGAUUUGCCUUUUCUCUAUGGUGUUGUGCGUAAACCGCUAAAACCGUUUGCCAGCCAGCUUUCUUUUUCUAUCAGUCUUUUAUGGGUGGCCUACCAGUUAUUUCGACUGAUGAUUUUGUCGAAGUCGCCUUGUGGCGAGUUUUUAAAAAAAAAAAUUAGCUUGCAACUCAGGCUUCUGUGCAAAGGGGGGGUGAGAGCAAUACUCAUGUCUCCCUUUCCUUGUUUCGUUUUUUUAUGAUAGGUCCGAACCAUUAAUUUAUACUACAACAACCGCACCGUGCAAGCAGUCGUGGAACUGAAAAACAAGUAAGUUCUCAACUUUGCCGUGUUUCUACCGGCUGUCACGCUGAGUUUACAGUCUAACGGUUUUCUCCAAAUAAAUCAACAUUUGACGGUCUUUCAAUAUCGAAUCGUUUAAAUAAUGAAAGCAUUCGCAAAUUGCUAUGUAUUGUUGAAGUAAAAUUUAAGAUUUCGAGACAAUGAGUAUACCACGACAUAACAGCUGACUGCUAAUGGGUCUCUACAACACCAUGAAAUGACCGAAAUGUAAUGAAACUAGUGGUCUGAAUAUGGCGCGUUAUUUUUCUGAAGCGUGUUGAAAACUAUUAACUUCUAUUGUAGGAGAUCCUUGUGGCACAAAGCAAAGAAAUGUCACCUCACUCCAGGCCAAACAGAGCUAAAGGUUUGAAAUUUUUGAUUCAAGUUUUUCAUUGUUGCCUUUAUCUCGAUUGAGGCUAUGUCGUAAUCUUCCCCACUUUAUUUAUAGGUUGACUUUCCACUGCCUAUAGUUGCCAGCAACUUGAUGAUCGAAUAUGCUGAUUUCUACGAGAAUUUUCAGGUACAUUUCUCUUUAAGUGAGCUCAAUAUUUCCAAUUAUGUUCGGGAAAUUCAGUGUCUUUGUUAAGUGAACAGGGGUUUACUAACGCAUCUUUAAUUUUGAUCUAUAAUCACUCUUUAUUUUUUUUCUACCUGUAAACACUGGUGCUUGUUUUGUCUCAAAGUUCUUUAUUUGAAUCAAUGUAAUUUCUCUUCAGUAUUGAGCGAGUGUAUCCAGGCUACCAUUUAAGCUACUUUGUCUGUGUUUCAGUCAACCGACCUAUAGAGAUCUUUCAAUUCCAAGAUCUGAAAGCUUAUUCUCCUUAUCCUUGACCAUACAAGCCUUUUUUGCCUACUCCUGAAAGUUUAGUGUUCUAUCAAGACACUUUCCCCUAUUUGAUAAUUUUCUAAAUCUCAUUAGCUUGACAUGUUGAUGAAAUUGUAAGGAGAAUUAGUAGGUUGGUCGUUCCUGGGAGUAAAAAUGUUAAGUUAUUUCUUGAUAUAUUAUGUCCUUCAUGGCUAUCUGGCUCCACUGGGUGAUCGGGAUCGCAAAGGGACUGGAAAUUGAAGAAGCACAAUUUAAGUUUUGGAUUUUUUUUUUGUCAUGUAGGCUUCCUCCGAAACUCUCCAGUGCCCCCGUUGCAGUGCAUCCGUAAAUGCUAAUCCUGGUGUUUGCAGUAACUGUGGAGAGAAUGUUUACCAGUGCCACAAGUGCAGGUUUAGUGCUUGUUUUGUGUUUCUGCUUUAAAUUUUAAUUUUGUAGCGGAGCACGUCGGAGAUGACUUCAUCUCAAGACAAACUAUAACUCCUCACUAUUCUUAUCUUGAUUUCUUGUUUCCUUCUGCUUGUUUAGCUGUCUGCUCUCUCCGGUUUUUCUAUAGUUUAGUUUUUGUUGCUGUUGUUGUUGUUGUUUUUGUUAUUUUCGUUGUUGUCAUUGUUGUGUUUGAGGUUUAGCCUAAGUAACUCUAAUACGCUGGUGGAUCCUUGUUGAUUUUUUUCAUUCUUUGAGAGUCUUUAAAAGAAAGAGAGAUAAGGGUAUGGCUUCGUUGGUAUUCAUUCAACUGCUUGAGUAGUUUUCGUGUCGACAGCAUUUUUACAUUUCGUGGGUUUGCGUCGUUAAACCUCCCCACGAAUUAAAUCACUUUAGCGAAGUGCAAUUGGUCACUUGCAUCUCCUGCUCUGGAAACCGUUUACCUGCACCAUAAAAUAAUAAUCUAAUCACUUUGAGCUGUCAUUAGCUCUUGACGACAAUUUCAUUUGUUUUGAUUGACCGGAAGGAGUGUAUUGGGUUUGGUUUUCAGUUCUCCGUCGCAUUGUAGGCUUAUUUCAAACAGAUUUCACAGGGCAGUGACAAUCAAACUGCUGUUGAAUCCUUUCAGGUCAAUAAACUAUGACGAGAGGGAUCCAUUUUUAUGCAAUGCAUGUGGAUUCUGCAAAUAUGCCAAGUUUGACUACACACUUACAGCUAGACCAUGUUGUGCUGUGGACCCGAUUGAGAAUGAAGAGGACCGAAAGAAGGUAGAUUUUGAGAAAAACACAGAGAUUAUUACAAAACAAUUAAAAAAGAAAAAGAAACCUUUUUUGGAAGAAAGGCGAAGCCCUUUUAUUUCAGCGAUGCAUUUUUACAUAACUCGUGUACAUGAUAGACAGGGAUUGUCACUCUUAGUAAGGUAGAGACUGAUUUAAAUUUGGAAAAACGGAACCUACAGAGGGGUUGGUAAAUGUAAUGUAAAUUUGAUCCCCCUUUGGAUACUGGCACUUGAAAAACAGACUUAAUGACGAAGUCAAUUUCACGGAUUGUUUGUGCUGACAGGCCGUCGGAAACAUCAAUUCACUGCUGGAGCGAGCAGAUAGGGUUUAUCGCCAGCUUGUGUCUCACAGACAGCCCUUGGACCUUCUGUUAAACAGGCUUCUCGAGCAUGGACAGCAAGAACCACUACAGGUGAACAGUGCAAUGGCUAUGAAAUAUAAGUAUGAUGUUAAGGAGAAAGGAGAAACUAACAUGAGCUGCUGUUUUUGGUUGUAUUAUUUGGGAAGGUUGUCAGAGAUAGAAGGAUAGACUAAGAUCUGGGAGCAUGUUUCCCAAGAAAACUAUUUUAAAUUUUUGCUUUGAAUUAAUUGGUGAGGGGCAUCCCUGCUUCAUCCCGCUCUUGUUGUAUACAUUUCUCAAACGUUACAAACUGGAACAGCUAAAAGUAAUACAAGUUUGGAUGGUUCGAUUUUGACGGGAUACAAACCGUACUUAAAGGGUGGGUAGGUGAGAAUCUCAAGUGGCGGACGCUAAAGAAAGAAACCUACCGUCUCCAGAUCGAAUGACCCAUUACCACGUUCUAGCAUAGUUUCAGUCGACCCUCUCGACUUAUUUUGUUCCAUGUUCCAUGAUACUGGCAGAUGGCCUUCCAUGAUCACUCAGUUACCCUGUAAUUUCACAUUCUAUACGAAUGAUGCUACGUAUUGAAACGAAGAAAAGAAAGUGUCAUUUUUCAAGCUCUUAGUGGCAUGGAAGCUUUAUGUUCACCAAACUAAGAGAGCUAGGAUUGAUAACCUUAGCUGUCUGUUUUGUCAUUUAUUCCGUGCUGUAUACAGUAUCAUGACAAUUUUCAAAGUGGUAACCUUUAUCCCUCAUGUGACAGGAGAGUAUACCCGCUGCCGCACCGACAGCAGCACAAAUAGUUGCGGGAGCUUCAGCAUCCAGCAGUUCUUCUGCUAAUACGGGAGUCAACAAGGCCAUCCAAGCUUUGGCUCAUCGCUAUUGUGUUGAGUGUAAGGGCACAUUUGAUGAACUCAGCAAGAUCACUCAGGUUUGAACAAUCUUUUUUCGAAGAUUUCAACUGAUAACCUGUAAUACACAUGAAUUCGAGUCUCGUCCCCUUAGUUACAGCUGAUCAGACAAAGAUCGAUAAUUUUGUCAGUGGAUGUAGAUUUUCUAACUGAUCGUUGAAAGCAAGAGUGUGUUGGUGUCCUGACUGUGAAUUUUUUGCAUGAAACUUCUAACACCUGAAAUUUAGAUUAAUCUGUUGAUCAGUAACAAGUUUUUUUGUGGGAUAUGUAGAGCUGCGUCGAAGCGACGUUGUUGUUUAUCUAUUCCAUUAAGUAAUUUUUGUUCAGUAAUCGUACACUUUGGAUAGACGCACAACUAUAGACAGAUGAUGGUACUCUGAAGCCGCUGAUACACAGGUUUUUUUUUUCCAACACGUCCCUUCUUUAUCCAACAGAAAGUACUAGCCUCCCGGAAGGAGUUGCUCGAGUAUGACUGCCGCGAGUGUAAAGGUCCAACAGAAGGCGCUAGCGGUUCUUUGUUGCUUACGACGGGUGCUAAGGGUUUGCCUGGAGAAUGUUAUGGUUGUGCAUCGGCUGCUAUAGAGCACUGUGUCACACUAUUGAGAGCAUUAGCCAUGGUGCCAGGGACUCGUAAGCAACUGGUGGAAGAGGUACGUAAAGCAAGUAUUUUGGAUAUUCUCUGUACAGUUUAGAACACUGUCAAGGAAACGAGUGGCUAUAUUUAAGAACUGUCGUUGAGGGGAGAAACUGCAUAUUGCUAUGGAAGCAACAUCGAAAGUAUCUUGCGUUGGGAUAGGGUGAGGGAGAUGCUGCAAUUUGAAUUCAGUCGUCGCUAGACAUAAAUGUUUCACAUUUUCAUGUUCUUGAGUUUUAGACUUGAAUUCUGAUCUCGUUGUUUCUCUAGGGCCUCAUACAAGAACUUGUCGAGUUCAACCUGCAUGAAGGCACUCCGCAGAUGAGGAGUGACGUGAGACAUCUGCUGUGUUUGUUGACCAAAGAUAACGAAGUUGCCACAAAUCAACUGAAUGAAAUAUUAAUCGGAGCAGUUGGUGAAGCUGUCGGUAGCCAUAAAUCUAAUCCCGCUGUGGUAGGUAUUCGUGCUUCGUAUGUCAAAUUUUCAUAUGAGCUAUGUGAAAAAGUUAAAGUCGUUUUCCGCGACGAAAAACGCAGCUCUUUAAUGAAGCGAGAAACAAACCGCAGUUGGGGUUGUCAGAGAAGCCUCUGCCAUUGUUCUUAAGUUUUCUUUUAGCUCUUCUCCACAAACCGAAACUCUGGCUCGGAUUGAUGAUUUCAGGGCACAAAGUUUUUUUUUCUGUUUGGCUUCUUCAACGAAGUCAACCAAAUCACAAGGUUUAUAUUUAUCUUUCCUCGUUGCAGGUCUCAGGAAUCAGUCGGGAAAUGCUACUUUUGAGUAAUGCAGUUGAGAUGGAGGAUUCAUGCUGGGAGAUGCGUUUGAGAUGCGGUUAGUAUCUAAAUGUUGAAUCCAUUGCAGUUGAAGCGGUUUACUUGAAAAAUAAAAAUAGGCACAUUUUAGUGUUAGAUUUUCCUUUGUUGUAUUUGUGUCUUUGUGGCUCGUAUAGCAUUCUGUACUUCUAAAAGUGAAUCAUAUUGGUGUCUGUCUUUAUCUCUUAGUAAUGACACUAUUCAUGAUGUCUGUGGAGGUACGGAGUCCCCUUAUCAUGGAAAGCAUCACCGUACCCUGUCUAAAGAUCUUACUUAAACUUGUGAAACCCCCUUCACCCAGCAGUAAAACCAAUAAGGUGGGUUUCUUUGUUUAUACAACUGGCAUUUUAGACAUUUCCAAACAGACUUUUGCAGAUGUAAAUGUUUUAUUCUUUAGGCUUAUUGGAAGAUUCUGCCCCUUUCUAAAACUAACAAGCAAACCAGCCAACAAAAACAGCAAAACAAUUAAAGGAAAGCUUUGGCUGUGGUUGUAUUAGUGUGUACGAGACACUAGCGUAAAGCCUUAAUCAUAAAACUUCGCGCUAACGAAAUGGUCCAUGUUACCAGUGUUUCUUCGCACUAUUUCUUGCAAUUAAUUUACUUCGAAAUAUUCUUUAUGGCUAUGCGUUUGGUUUUCAGCAAGAAUAGAUGGCGAUUUAUCAAAUGAUAUUAAGCAUCAUAAAAAAGGAAGUUAAACUUUAAAAAUAUAAUUUUGUGAGAGUGAACUAGAAGGGAACCAAGAUAGUAGAAGAUGGCGAGGAUUGACACAGAUUGCAAAUCAUAAACUGCAAAAAUGGGGCAAGUUACUUGAGCCGAGGCUUGGUAGCUUUUCAUUUAGUGGUUUGUGCCUUUUUUUCCCCUCAUGAAGGACAAAGAUUGCAAGUCGUUGGGCUCAGUUCAAGGUUAUAGUGACGUGCGCAUUAAAGCCAAGCAAUGGAUGGAUGGAGAUGCCAGCCAUACUUAUUCUCAUUGGAAAGCCAUGGCUCCCACUAAAUCUAAAGUAACAAAUGGGGAAAACCGCAGUGAAGCACGGAAACGACACCUGAUGGAGAAGUACGGCAGGAAGUGGAGAGAAAGGACCAAGAGGAACGAAACAAGUGACGAGCAGGAUCUGCGCGAGGAGGAGUGGCUGAGACAAGUGCUGUUUACUCCGUCUAACAGGGCAGCGCGAGAGAUGGCCUGCACUAUGAUAGAGUCUUUGUGUCAGGUACAUUUAAAGACAUUAAAAACAUUAUUCAAAUGUGGAAAGGGGGAAAUGAUGGUUUAAGGAAAAUGUACCUUAGUCGAAGGAGUAGAUUUAGGUAUUUCUAUGAUCUCAGUUAGUGAAGGUGAACGAAAGAACAGGUAGAAACGGCCGCAACUGGAAAGAGUACGUACAGGCCUUCCCUGUUGAUUAUCAAACUUGAUCAUGGUGCAGUCACCACCACCUUUUUUCUGACAACCCGACUUUGAUGCUGUUAGUUGCGAGUAUUACUAUUUUUUCUUACCAGAGAAGGACUAAACUUCUGGUUCGAAAACCGUGUUGGUAUUCCCGUGUUCGUUUUUGUAUAUUACGAUCACGCUUGACAACCACAGUAUUCCUUUCAAAUCUGGGAAGCACACUUCUUAAUUUUAUCCUUUAAAUUGAUUGGUUAAAUUUAGAUACCCAGCCGACAGCAGCAUAUGUUGGACUUGCUCACAAGGUAAGUAAUUUUGAGUUUAUCGUAAACUUUGCAAAUCACAGGGUUGCCUUACUCAGGUGUCAAGGGCUUGUGAUUUCGGUAGGUUUAAUUGUUUCCCUCGCUUCGUCGGCGAGUAUUCCAUCACAUGAGAAAAAUUAUUCGCAACGCAGAGCCAAGAUUACCAUGGGACAGUCUUCAUAAAUACUAACCAAGUGGAUGCGCCAUGGUGGAUUUGCAGUAGCUACUUUAAUGCUGAAUUAAUUGUUUGAAACCAAGGCCUUGUCCGGGAUGUAUCGUGAUCAUCCUUAUUAUAUUACCAUGUUUUACAGUUAUCUAGAGGAAGUUCGAACUGCAGGAGAGAAUGCUGCUGAGUUCUUCCAGUUGUAUCAGCGGUUGACUCAGCCUACUUACUGGAAAUUCUACUUAGCACUACAAGGAGCUCUGCUACAAAUUGGUCAGCUGUUGACAAAGGUACGAUUAGUCAAAUAGGUUUCUAGUUUCUAUUCCUUUUAUUCUCUAGUCUGAAGUUGCUAAGAUGAAAGAGAAUUUAUUUGUGUUUGUAGGAAAUAGAGCAUUUGACCUACCUGGAGCAGUACACUCUCAGUUCUGAUCUGUCUCAGGGAUAUGCUUUGAAGAUGUUGGCUGGUAAGGAAAGAUGAGGAUCAGUUUAGGGCCUCAUGAAAAAAAAAUUAAAAUUAAAAAAAACUAAGAAGGCUCUCUAAAGAAACAAAAAAAGAUUAAUUAAGGAUUAUCGCGUUCAAUGAAACUCUGAUAUUCUGGUCGUUUUCACUUGGUACGUGUGCUUAAUAUGCGACAGGGCCUUGCGUGUCUCGAAUAGUGCCGGCGCAGAAGUGUUGCUAAAAGAAAGUACUUUGUCUUCGUAGCCUUUCAGAAAUAUUUACCUAUUUACUACUGAUUUACUUGUGUUCUCUCUUCUCAGAAUUGAUGUCUUCCUUCCUUGAACAUGAAGCGAUCAAACAAAAGUUCAAAGGACGACUGGUAGCCACAGUGCUAAAUGGUUACUUGUCCUUGCGAAGGUAACUUUGUUUAUUUAACUUACAGACACGGGAUGGCUAUUGAUCUUCCACUGCCUUUCUCGAGGUAAAAAUUUGAAAGUCUCAUUUCUGUUUGCUGGUCAGAUUGGUUGUUCAGCGCACAAAACUGAUUGAUGAAACGCAAGAGAUUCUACUGGAAUUAUUGGAAGAAAUGACUACUGGUUAGUGGAGUUGAACAUUACCCGUGCGUAGUUGUGUUAAAAUAGAUCUAUAUUGUUACUUCAAGAAGUUGAAAAAAAAUGUUUGAAGGUCAGGGAAUAUGAGUGACGAAAGUGCGGUUUGAUGGGCGAUUGUUCUUUCGUUAUCUAUCCUAUUGAACCGAGGUGACACUUUCAAUGAUUCUAUUUUCAGGUACGGAGACAGAAACCAAGGCUUUCAUGGCUAUUUGUGUGGAAACCCUGAAGAGGUUUGUUGAUUUCACAGUGUUCAUAAAGGGGAAAUGUUACAGAGUUUUAAAAACUACUUUGUACCACUGUGCCACUCAUGUUGGUUAGUUUUAUUCUAUAUUUGACGAAGCUCAGCCCGCCCACCUUCAAAAGAAGAGGCAACUUUUUCACAUGUUUCUAAGAACAUAACUAUGGAGUCAGUUUAAACAAUGCACUCUUUUUACUUGAUUUGAUAUAUAUUAUCAGGUAUGGUCUGGAUGACCUCAGGACUCCAGUGUUCAUCUUUGAGCGGCUUUGCAGUCUUAUCUUUCCCGUAAGUACAGUACAUCAGCCAGAAUUAUCCCAGCGCUUUUCUUGAGUUAAAAGUUACUUCGCGGGUUAUGCAUCUUGAAGCAUUUAGCCUAGACGUUGAACCCUGUUGUAAGAUCCAAUUAGUAUUUCUUCCUUCAUAAUGCCAUACAGUUCCUUGUAAAUUAGACAAGAGAAUUUCGUGUUAUAUUAAGAUAACACCCCCAGCUGAUAAGCUUGUCUGUUCUCAUUACCAAUUUGCAAGGUAACAUUGGAAUCGCAAGGAGAAGUUUUAGUAAUAGAAAUUACCAGUAAAAUUGUGAUCUAGCUGCUCACAAAAGCAACAUUUUGCUGUGUUAUUGGACUGUAUUGACGAAACUCCUUCCGAAAUACUUGACCGUGCUCGAAUGCGAAAUGAAAUGUUUUAACUUAUAUUUUGUAUUUCAAUGUCAAACAUCUUAUUUCUUUAUUCCUCUUUCAAAAGGAAGAGAACGAUGUCGGCGAGUUCUUUCUUACGCUGGAGAAAGAUCCUCAACAAGAAGACUUCCUUCAAGGACGCAUGCAAGGAAAUCCUUACAGGUAUCUGAGGGGUUGGAUAUGAGCUACUUUAGGGUGAAUACAAAGAAAUAAAAACAAUAAGGCCAGACGAAAAGCUUCACUUUUAUUCUGGAUUGGAAGGUACAAAAUUGCCAAACCUGAUUGCUGGUCUCGAUGCCUACUAAAUUUCCCAAACCCUUGGAGAAGUUACAGUGACGGGGAACAAUAUUCUUUAAGCUAUGGCGCAACUUUUGGUCUCGUCUUGAAUUCGCCAACAAAGAUUGUUCUGUGAUUGGUCCAGAACGCUCGCUCCACCCUUUUGAACAAUGCGAUGCUAAACUAAAACUCAUUGUUAUUUGGUUCCCCGCGUUUCGUGGCGCUUCGUUAGUUCACUUUUUUUAACUGAAUUCCUUUUGGCUUCCUGUCACAUUUCCCUUUGUUUUGAUUGGCCGUUUGGUUUUUCAACAAUCAAUCUAAAGGCCCUCUUAAGUGCCUGAUUAUGUCAUCACUUUGGUUCCAUAUUUUCUUGCUCCACAGCUGCAACGAGCCUGGUAUGGGUCCGCUUAUGAGAGAUGUCAAGAACAAGAUAUGCACCGGUAAUUAAAUAACUUGGGAAUUAUGUUUAUUAUAGACUAAAGCCCUCUCUGAGUUGAAGCAGAAAUGACUGGAGGUAUUGAAAGUAAAAUAAUAAUAAUAAUAAUAACUUUCUAUUCAUGUUACCUUAGAUUGUGAAUUGGUGGCGUUACUGGAGGAUGACAGCGGAAUGGAGGUAACGUUCCUGGUUAUGUGAAAAAUCUCUUGCGAUUAUUGAAGAGUUUGUUACCUGAUUGACGAGCAAUUUUAAUGUGAAUCUUUUGUCUCAGCUACUCGUUAACAGCAAGAUCAUAAGUCUGGAUUUACCUGUAAAAGAUGUUUACAAGAAAAUAUGGUGUCCUGAAGGAGAGGUGUGUACAGCUAUGUGGAAUAUCUGUGUUUGUGAUAACUUGGCGAAAAUUAACGACUGACUUUUCACUGUCCCAAUUUCAGGCUUGUAUUUGAUCAGUGGGACAAGGUUUCUGAUUUUUGCUCAGUUGCCAAUCUUUCCGUUAUAACUGUAGUGUUGGUGGAUUGUAGGGUAUUAUGAAUAAAGGGAUAAGUUUCUAAAGAAACUGUGGUGCUGCGUUGGUGGGAGAGUAUGAUAAGGUAAUUCAGUAUUAUCAACUGAGUUGAUAACUUAAAGUGGCAACAAUAAAGAGUUUAAAAGUUGACGUUUCAAUCGCUUGGACGAAGGGCUGACGCUCGAAAUGUCAGCUUGAAAUCUCUUUACGGUGACCAGUUUGUUAUCAACUCAGUUGAUAAUACUUAAUUACCACGUAGUGUAUGAUGGUCGUGUACCUCACCAAUUCUAACUUCUUGAAUACUUGUUUUAAGGGUGAACCAAUGCGGAUCAUCUACCGAAUGCGAGGUAAAAAAAAAGGGAUUUUAGCAGUGAUCUUUAUAAAACAUAACUUCGAUGCAAUCAGAUCUUACUUAGUUCAUUCAAUUGACCAUAGGCUGAGGUUGUUUGCUAGGGAAGCCUGAUGAUAUGCUGGGGUGGGUGGGUUGUAAUCUUGUGAUGGACUGGCGUCCCUUCCAGGGAGAGAAAAGUAAUACUCCUAGUUGCUUCCUGCUAUGGAAACCGGGAUAAGCUCAGCCUGUAGAGGCCACUUGGCCCCAGGCUGUAACAACCUACCUACCAUUUCCACAAAAUGCACUGAUAUUGUGAUUAAAACUUUUGUUGACCGUUCAAGGGAUAUUCAAGGCCCAGACUCAACCGACUGGCUUUGCACACUUGUGUGUUCAAAACUUAUUUCAUUUGAAGAGUUUUGUGCUCCGAUGUGCAGAAUUUUUCUCGUUUGACAAUUUGUUUUAAUAGCAAAAUUUUUUCAAGUCAGUACUGAUGGAGUGUCAACUCUUAUAAUGAUUAUAGGUGUUCACCUUGUUUUAUACCUCAAUUCUUCAGAAGUUUUCUCUGUUUACCAGUACUACUCUUUAGAUUUAGCAUUAGUGUUUGCUUGGUUAAUGCAAUCGAGAAUAAAGAUGACUACAAACUAGUUAUCUUAAAUAUAAAUUGUGUUUGUUGUGUCCUUCAUAGGUCUGUUAGGAGAUGCCACGGAAGAGUUUGUGGAGAAUCUUGAUACGCAGAAGGGUAAGUCAACGUUUACUUUGUUCGGCCAGUUUCCGCCUACUGUUGUGUUCUUUAUCGAAAGUUGCUGCGGGGAUAAAAUAGUUUUCUAAUCACUUUGACCGUCUUGUUUACAGAAGAGGAACUGGAUGACGAAGAGGUGUAUAAGAUGGCCUCAAUUAUGUCUACUUCUGGCGGGCUCGAAGCCAUGCUGAGCAGGUAUUGUCAACGUUGCUAACUCUUCUUGUUUAGAAAAGAAUCACUUAUAUUUAACCGAUGUUGAUGCGAUGUUUGACAGUCCGACGAGAUUACCAAAGGAAAUGAUCACCAAGUUAGUUCAAAGUUCCUCGAGAGGAAAACCUAAACGGUUGUUGAUUGUUAAAAAAUCUGUAAAAUAUUUUUGGACAGGAAAUGUUUUUAACGCUUUGAGUCCUCGUCAUGCACAAUAUUGAAUCAAAUUUACGAGAUUAAAACAGUAUAAAGAAAGAAACAAAUUCUCCUCGUCAGCACCUUUGGAAAUGUACAAACAGUAUAAAGAAUGUGCCUAUUGAUGUACUUAAUACGGCUAGCUGUGAUAUGACUGGCCAGUAACAGCUCUUGCUACGUUAUUUUGAAGGUUAAGUGGCAUUAAGGAUCUUGUACGUGGCAAGCAGUUGGUGUCAGUCAUCCUGAAGCUCAUGGGAUAUUGCGUGAAACUCAAGGUACCUUACUGAUUGUACCAUAAUGAUUCCUUCUUAAAACGUUAAUAAUUUCUGUAGCUGUGUGCUGUAAACUGACAGAAUUCAUUGUUUCCUUGCAGGUUAACAGACAAUACUUGUGUCUCCCCACUUUGAACACACUCAACGUCCUUCUUGGAACGCUGAACCAGGUGUGGUUUCAUUUCUUUUCAGCCCCAACUUUGUUCAGCCGUCAAAUAUGUUCAACCCCCAAUUGUGGCAUGACUAAGUAAUAAAGAAGAAGAAAGAUGUAUAAAUCUUGAGAGAUUCUCUACCGUGUUUAUAGAAACAGGCGUGGCUUUAGAGACAGUUACGUUAGCCUUUAAUUUCUGAUUAAAAAUUCCAGCUGCUAUGAAUUUCCUUGUAAAUCAGUUAGGGGGAAUAUGAUGGGUUUUAAUCUCUCUUCGUUACCUGAUUGUUGCUCGGCAUAUUUAAACUAUCAGAAAACCAUGGACCAUAAGUUAGUGAGAGGUGCUUCCCUAAAGCUUUCCUUCCAUAGUUGGUUUGCGCUUGAAUACCGUCCUAGAAAAUUGGUCUUUUGAUGGUCAUAUGUCCGAAGAGAGUCAGAGUAACAAGCAAUCUUGUAUUUUAUUAUAAUCAAAUUAAUUAGUCAGUUGCUGUUUAUGACACAGGCUCUUCGACUGGAAGCUGAUUCCGGAGGUGGUGCAAGCAUUGCAGAGGACGUAUUAGGGAUCAUGGAGACUGUGCUGCAGGAAGCCACCAGCACUCCUACUCCUGAUAUCCCCAUCCAACAGGGGGAUGGCUCCCAGUUGGACAUGCUGCUCAACAGGAUUACAAGUCCUUACGUGGUACGGUAUUUGUUUGUACGUUGUGAGCUCCCUGGCUUUUCCCUCCUCCACUGACCGCCACCAGUUUUUAAACAUUAGCAAUAGCGACCAGCCCUUGAAGAGCGAACGCGGAGCAAAACAAGACAUAAAUCAAAACUUUCUCAUAAGGACUGUGUAUAGGUAGUGUGACCUCUUCAGUGGUCCCACAUCUAACGAUAAAUGGGUAAUGAAUCUGAAAAAUGACAAGGAUACAUGGAAACUUAACGACCUGCAAUAGGGGGGUUCACAUUUAAAUCGACGAGAAUUUGUUAUGAGCUCAGGUUACAUACACUUUUACAGCUCCUAGACGAAAUCGCCGGAGGAAGUCUCAACUGCUUUUCCUUAGAUUCAUAUCACGAUCAGAACUGCCAAUGCCACCGGAGUUUUUUGCCGUCAUUGACAAAAGUAACCAGUCACUAUCCAGGAACCAGACUUCUCAGACGUACCACGCUCAAAAUUAUAGACUGUGAAUUCCAUAACCUAUCGAACUCUUAUCAAUCUUACCACGCAACCGAGUGCACGUGUCAUAUGAUGCUCCUUUGUUUUUUUUACAGAGGACCCACAGCAGUGUGCUUCAAGCCAUGAUGCGAAUCAUUCCCUUCUUGACAUUUGGAGAUGAAGGAAACAUGAGGACCCUGAUCAACCAUUUCCUACCAUACCUCGACUUUGAGAAGUAAGUUCUUGGCUAACUGUGGGAAAGACGUGUGACCUGUGAAUUCUUUUUUCAGUUAAACGGGCCGAAUCAUCUGCAUAGCGCCAACCGUCAGAUUCCUGUACUGCUUUACCCCCGAAAGAACUCUUGGCCCUACAAAGACAGUUCACUGGUAGUUUGUCUGGCUUGUGAAGUACAUUGAAUGAUGCUAACAUGUUUAUAUAGAAUGGAAAUGACUCGCUCUUCUAUUUCUUUCUUAUUUUGCGUAGGUUUGAUCGAGAGCGUUCCAAUGACGAAACUCUAUUUUGUGACUGUUUCUGCAGUAUAGCAAGUAAAAUUGAGGUAAGACUUGCACGCAAGCUAGGGAUCCUUCUAUGUUCUUUGGGAUGCGGUGGCCAAAUGCAAAGCGCCAUGGAUUCUGAAUGGAGAAGUUCUGGUUCGAUCCCCUGAAUUUAUUGAGUUGUACUUUGCUGUUGUUGUUUUUGUCCUUAUUUCUGUUAAUAUUGUUCUUUUCCGCUGUUCAUGUGAUAAUAGGGGCAUUUUGUUCGAUUCAUAAUCUCCGUGUUCAUUUCAGGGUAUUUUCUGAUGUAUAGCCAUAAAUAUUAUAUUCUCUCAGUUCGGGUUUGUGUCACUUAAACUUCAACUUCUCAAACUUCUAAUAUUUGUUCUUCCUGUUUUUAUUUGUUUUACAGAACAACCACAAUGGCUUCAAGCUAAAGGACAUGAUCAUUGAGAAUGGAAUUGUUGCUAAAGCAAUGACAUACCUCGAACAGCAAACACCUCAGAAGCCCUUCAGGUACGAGCAAUAAUAUGGUUUGCGCUGACUUCGUUCAUGAACUCAUUCACCCCAAGACAUCUAGUUUCUCUACACAUUAUCGCUAUUGAAUCAAACAUUAAGGUUAUGAGAAUAUAGGAAAUGAUCACCCACUCAGCUCUUGAUUGUUAAACAAAUGCACCUCUUCAUAACUAUACAAAAUUUGUACUUAGUGAACAGUAUGGAAAAUUUACAUGCUGGUGUUAAAGUGUAACGGCUUAAGGUUUUAAGCAAUUGGUAGUUAAAGGAUUAUAGUCUUUGUGUAGUCAAUCAGGGCAGCUAAUCCACUUGGUAACAUCAUUAGUUUAUUUUUUCCCUUAUCGCCCUCCUCCCCCUACAUUAUUAUUUUCUGUGUACAUUUUAUAUCUUGUAACCACGCAUAAUGACUAUGCGUGAGCAAAGGGUGGGAUCAUCAAUUUUCGAUUUUUUUGUUAUUUUUCUUCAGCAAAGCAAACCUUCUUGAAGCUGACGUUUGGAAAGAGUUUUUAGCGCGACCGUCUCUUCCUUACGUUCUUCGACUUCUGUCUGGUCUCUGUAAGGGACACGCUAAUACUCAGGUACAGUGGUCUGAUCGGUUUGGAAGGUGAUGUACUGAUGUUACAUGUAAAUCACCAGUAGGAACUGUGUUGAUCGUUGCUGCCAUUUAGUUCUUUCCUGGAAGACCUGUUUUUUUUCUACGAUUGUUCAAUUCAGUGUGAUUAACGGUGGAAUUGGCUAACCCCUAACGCCAAAAUUGGUAACUUUGCAGAAUAGCGAAACCUCGUAUCGUAAGACUUAACUGUGCGACUAUUGUAAACAGUUUUGCUGUAAUAAGGCAGUUGGUCAUGUAAGUGUUAUAGAUGUCCAAUUACGAAAUGACAAGAGCUUUCUUUCUUUUUUUUUGUUUUUUGUUUUGUUUGAUCUUGUUUCAUUUAUGAGCGUCGUCUAAAGAGUGUGUUUUCCUUUUUUAUUAGGUUCUAGUGGGCGAAACAGCUGUGCCAGCCAUACAUCGCCUUGAGCAAGUCUCAUCCGAAGAAAAAGUUGGCUCGUUGGCAGAGAACCUAAUGGAAGCGCUGAGAGAGCAUCCUGAUGGUGAAAAGAAGGUUAUUUUCAUUCCUCUUUUGACUCGUUAAAUGUUGUUUCGGAACGGGUUUUAGUUAUGCAUCUCUUUGGAUUAGAGGGGAGUGGUAUGAUUUUUUCUUGACCAAUCACUGAGCAUCAGAGUGUGGCCAACUUAAAAGCGAUGUACACUUUCGACACACUUGAAACUGAAUUUGUGUCGCUGUUGUUAGCAUCUCCUGUAGAAAAUGUAUGAUGCGCGUUCCCAAGCGCAAUGAAGGAGGAUUUUUUAUUUAAUUUUCCUAUUAUAUACCUUGCUUGUGGAACUCUUCUCAGGUAGAGGAAGUUCGCCGCUCAACUCGAAAUGAAAAGAAGAAGCUCGCAAUGGCCAUGAGAGAAAAACAGCUGGGAGCUCUUGGGAUGCAGGUCAAUAUAUACUCUUCACUGAUUUGCAAAUAGACCGCUGAUUUUCAAUUACGACAUUGAAUUAAGAAGUUACAAGUGCUUUUGUAAAAUCAAAACUCCUUCUGACUUUGUGGUUUCUGCGAAGGUAAUGCCCUUGUCGUCAAAAUUUUACUGCUCUUGUUCGGUCACCCUUUGGGCCUCCGCGAACGUAGUCCUUCGGUAUAUUCCAUCCACUUUAAAUAUUUAUUUUCUAAUUUACCAAGCCCUUCGUUCUGUACAGAGGUUCAUCAUCAGGGAUUUUAACUUUUUCCAGAGGUGAUAGCUGUUGCUUUCCUCGUUUUCUUUUAAAUAUAAUUAUUGUUUUGGUGAAGGAUACAUGGAUGCAUUGGAAUUGAGAGCAGCUCAAACCCCAAACCAUGGAGUGUUACUUUGUCGUUUCAUUUGAGUAUCAAUUAUAUUUUAGACAACUUCUGGAGGAAAGAUCAUUGCCAAACCGUCAAAUUUACUGCGUGAGAUGGAAGAGCUACAAGAGGAGUCCGGACUGGCUUGUUGUAUUUGCCGCGAGGGUUAUAAAUAUCAUCCACAAAAGGUCUGUUGUAUCUUUGGAAAUGAAGCUUACUUAAAGAACUGAAAAAUUACUUCGAACAUGUUAUUGAAACAUGGAAGUUUAAGCGACUGAGCUGUUUUAAAACAUCACAAUGUAAAAUAAUUGUCCUUGGUUAACCUUGGUGUCUUUUUGCAGGUUCUCGGUAUCUACACAUUCACCAAAAGAUGCAUACUAGAGGAAUUCGAAAACAAACAACGAAAAACACAGGUGAGAAAACUCUGAGGAUUUGGUAAGCAAGUUAUUGUUCGUGUAAGAGUUUAAAUUUCGUCGAAUUGCAACAAUUACUGUGUUUUCCAAUUGAAUUCCCAGUUUGUACGAGAGUACUAUCUCAUGGUAUCAUUAAAAAGAGCGAGAUAUUUACUUUACCGGAUUUAGUACAUCUUUGGUAUGUUUAGUUUCUGUUGUUGUUAUAUUCGCAGGGGUAUUCAACCGUAAGUCACUUUAAUAUCGUGCACUACGAUUGUCACAUGGCCGCAGUGAGGUGAGCAAACUGUUAAAUUCAUUUGCCUAAAAUGAGUAAAAUUUUCUUUUCUCUCUUAUAUUCCCUUUUGUUGUUGUUGUUGUUGUUCGUCUGUCGGUCUGACUGUUUAUUUGUCUGUGAUUCAUUCUUUAUCAUUUUCUUUCUGUCAUUCGUUUUAUUGUUGUUUCGACGUCAUACAAAUGUUUAAAGUGUUGUCACAAUUUUGUCGCCUAAAUUGCCGUCUAGUUACGUCCCUAUUUGUGUUGUGUUGUUUGUUAUAUUUAUUGCUUAUUGAUUGUGAAUUUUUGACAUUUGUUUUCGCUAACAGACUCGCUCGGGGUCGUGAUGAGUGGGAAAGCGCCGCCCUUCAGAAUGCAAACACCAAGUGCAAUGGUCUUUUACCAAUCUGGGGUCCUCAGGUAAUUCAUCCAACAGAAUCUGAUGAUCAAUGAUUUAAGAGUUGCAGAAUGCUACUCUCUAACGAUCUAAGGAGCUCAACAUGUGUUGACGCUUCAAAGCGUGCAGUAAUUUGUUGAUCGUAUUUGAGUUUACGAAGCUUAUCUCACGGAAUACUGUUCUGAAAAUAUAGCGGAGUCGUUCGUCAGUCCCUUUUAAUACAAGAGGCCUGCAUUAAGAGGAGUAAAAUUUAACGUUUUUUUGUUUCCUUACAAGGUCUCUGAAUCAGCGUUUGCGAGUUGCUUAGCAAGGUGGGUGUGCUUUUUUUCGCUUUAUAGUGGUCAUAGAACGGUGCAUGUUCUGAAUGGUCGAACAAGUACGUCGGGUAUGUGCAGCUUAGGUUUAGAUUAUAAAUCUAAAGGUUUCCCCAAGCGCAAGAAUUGAUUAGAUUGACGUGAUAAAUUUUUAUGACAUUAGAAAUAUUAUUCAGAUCUUAAAGAAUUGUAUUUUCCGCCAGAUUGUUUGCGCUCUGUGAUUUAGUGCACAUAUUUCUUAAAAAAAACAAACAAACAAAUAAACAAAAAAGUUGGAUCGCCACGCGAAAAAAAUUUAUAAAGUGGGAAAGGGCUCAAGAAAUACAUCCAAUGUUAAAUUCAUGCCUGUCCAUCACUGAAAUCUUUGUUUUACAAAAUUAGUCGUUUUCUUUUUCCAGACACAAUAGUUACAUUCAAGAAUGUACAGGUCAUCUGGAGCCGACAUAUCAUGCUUCCAUUCACGAUCUGCGCCUGUUGCUACAGCGGUUUGCGUUUGAAAAAUCAUUCAGUGAAGACACUGGUGGCGGAGGACGAGAUUCGAACAUCAAAUUUGUGCCAUAUGCCAUGCACAUGAUCCUUUACGUUCUGAACACGUAAGAGCCCUUAACGUCAGUUUAGUUGUUAAGCUUGUACAAACGUGGCCCACGAGAGCGGUGGGCGUUUGAGAUACAGUGGUCUCAUGAUCAGCUCUCUGUACUGUAGCUGGAGAGAUCUUGACCUUGACACUCCACUUUCUUUUCACCGCACCCCUCUCCCCUCAAGGGUAUAUAUGGGUACGAAAUUCUGGGGGUGGACGGUGGGGAGAGGGUUAGGUAGCCCAUGAUUAACUACAACCCCAUCGAACUCGGCCCAUUGAGUUGCCAGUUAUAUGUUUAUCUGGCAUUAAAUUACUUGUCACCUUUCUCUCUCAGAACGCGGCAGUCGAGUCGAGAGGAGAAGUCCCUAAAAUCCUUCCUGGACAUGCCUGUGGAGAAAUGGGUUGAAUCGUCGUUCGAGGUAAGUUGCCCGAUCGGCCCGGCUCUCAGCAGGGUUUCUUCCGUGUAUACCCUGCUUAAAGGUCAAUUACAUAAUAGAACAUCAGAAUCUUUGAAUGGCAAGCCGUGCCAGAUACUUCAAUUUUUUCCUAAGCCCCGCAGAUUUUUAAACAACACCAAAAUUGCACUGGGAGAACAUGUAUUCUUAAUCCUUACUUGUGAGAAGCUUCUUAGUUUAUAAAGAAUAACUCCUGUCACUGAUGAGGACCUUUUUAUUUCACCUUGCAAAGUGAUUUGAAUUUGAUAAGCCAGUAAAUGAUUAGAUUUUUUUUCCUUUUUCUCAUUUCAGGUGGACAGUCCGCUUUAUCUAACAUUAUUGUCACUGUUUGUUUACUCGCUGGAAAACUGGAACCAGUCAAAGAUCACUUUCCUCAAAAGACUUCUCGUUACUGCGCACGCUCGGCAUACAAAUCCCUCGGGAACAUCCAAGUACGAGCCACCAAUUGACUCUAUUUUUGUUAGUUGUUUAUGCCUACUGCGUUGUGUGAUGGUUUUUUGGCACAAAGAGACUUUAAGACAUGCUUUUGACUUUCAUUUCUCCAAUGAUAUGGGUUGAGUUUCCUUAAAAUUCUCUUAACGUAAUGUUUGUAUUAUGCGCCUUUUGCUAUGAAGCUCAUGUUUUCUGUAUAAUAAUUAUUCAACCUUGGUUUCCAUUUUCCUUAAGUGUGCAUCACUGUAACUCGUCCGGAAACACCUAUAUCACUCUCCAUGUCAAAAUUUAAGGCCUUUACACCUUGACAUCGAUAUGUAUAUUCUCCCAAUUUUUUUCUGGCAAGGAGAAUUUGGUGAAAAAUCAAGAGCCCUUUAACUUUGCGAUCAUUUCCUUAAUUCUCAUGAGACUAAUGUUUGAUACAGCAGUGCUACUUAAAUGAGAAAUUAGAUGCUACAAAGCAGAGAAUCUGAUUGGUGGUCAGAAAUACGUUGUUGUCAUGACAAAUUUAAAACAUGUCACGUAAAGAGCGCAGCAGUCACGUAAUUUACGGUCAUUUCACAUUAACAUUAACUUUGUAAUUGUUUUUGAAUCCCAAACCAUCGGCUAUAAGCCGAACCCCGUUUCUCUUGGAAAAAUCUCCCAAACGUUUGUGCCAAAUACUGAAAACAUCGCUCGGCUUACAGGUGAAGAAAUACGGUAGUCACCCUCAAGGGGUUAAAGGAUUAAAAGUUAACCAACAGAUAGACAUUGCAUCCUGGAUUUUAAGUUCUAAGAAUUAACUUAUCGAUCUCCAUUUUAUGAUACAGGAUAACGAAUGUGAACAUGGCCGAGUACUCUGUAUACCGACCCUAUAUCGUGUACUUUGUACUAAUCGAUAGACUUCAUCAGCUGCUGAAGGUUAGUUCGCUGAAUACGCUAUUCUAGGCCUAUGCAAUCAAUCAAUGGCUGCUCGAUUUCAGUCGAUGGCCAAUCGACAGAUGCAAAUACAAGUUCCUUGAUAGAAUAUAUUGUCAUUAAUACAGUUGUGUAGUUAGUGAAUAGGUGUAAAGGACAUGUAGAAAACCAGAGAGGAUUGCCAUCCAUUUAGCCAGGAUGUUCCUUUGGUCCUGCAUGAGCAAAUUCUCAAACUAUCAAGUCUCCUGGAAAUUUCGAAAUCGGAAGUGACCGAAGUAGAAUCUUUACAGGGACGACCGUAGUGAGAGGCUCUAUAUGGGGGACUGGGUCUCAUAGUUUUAGUUCCCUGUGGUUUCAUGUGUUGUUCAAUGACGGUAACCACAUAUCAAGUUAUUGAAGCGUGUUUUUAUUUUCUACGAGCCCAUCACCCUUUUAUUAUUUUUUUCUUCACUUAGAAACAUUUGGCAGCGGAUGAUAGUGGAUGGCCACAGGGAAUGCUGGACUACAUUCGAAACAACGAUGAAGCCGUGUUGAAAGGCGGUGACAAGGUGAGAGAAGUACAUGUCGAUAGUUUUCAUUUUGUUGUUGUGCAGGCUGACUGUUUGACGUAAUUUAUUUUACAGAUUUUGUCAUUCUACCAGACGGAUCUUUUACCUUCAGAGUCAUUAAUGGAGUUGUUUGAUGUGGCAGGUAUGUGCCGUGCUGUUGUGUUAAAGCUGGUACGAAUCAUUCUGAAAACUUGUAAUGGUUUCUAGAGAGGCCUUUUAAGGCGUCAUCCCAUGGAUCGGCGAAAGCUUGUUCAGUGUAAUCAGCCGGUAGCCGAAGGCUUCAUGUAAACCAUGGUGUAAUUACUAUGCUACAGAACGACAACAUACAACGAUUCUGAAACUGUGCGGUGUAUAAAAGUAAUUAAAAUUAGUAAACAAUCCUUGAAAAGGAAAAGGAAAUAAGUGCUUCAGAAAAGAAGAGAAUAUAGUAUUCCGACCUGGGGAAGUUCAGUUCUUUUACUACAUCAAAAAUUAAACCUUGAUUAAUUAAAACAAAUUAUCAGGUAAAUUGAACUUAAAUCGUUUGUCUGUGGUUUUGACAUUUAGACCGUAAUGGUGCUAUUCUUCGUCACGCGAUGUGGUAGAAUAAUUGAACGCCACUCUGUAUGGUAAAUUCUUGCUCUGUCAUUUAUGUAUUGUAAUUCUCAUCCAGUUUAUCCAUGCCGUAAAACAUUGUAUUUUACCUGCAUAACCUCGGUCAGGAAUAGUCACAUUUUUAACAAAUUAUCCCAAAACUAAGACCUUGUUUAACGUUCCUUGGUUGAUGAUUCACAAUCCUGUCCUUUAUUUCCUUGCAGAACUGCUGUCCGACAUCCCAGAACCAGAGACGUUUAUUUCUGAGCUUCUUGCGUCACUGCCAAAGUAGACUCCCGCUUCAAAGUGCCGACCCCAUCUUAACCGACAUUGGAAUGCGUCGCCUGUAACAGA